AAAAAAUUGAAAAAUUCAGGUUGAGAAUGUAAUUCACUGUUCAAUUCCUGUAUUAGUAAAUAUCCCUGCUUUCGUUUGCCAACUUUACCAGAGUAUGAGGUGCGUGAUAAUGACAUAGCAAUUAACGAUCCUAAUUAUUUAUAGUGUGUAGACAAAUGUACAUUUGUGACAUGCAAUCCUUUAUUAAUUGUGUUAGAAAGUAAAGGCUAUACAGUUGUAAAUGUAGUACAGGGUAUGAUGUUUAUUCCAGCAACUGCCCUUGCUUCAGCUAAAUUAUUCUCUCUUCAAAUAAGUAAUAAGUAUAAGUGGACAGAAAAAUGUAGUUUUCCUAUAUGUUUAAAGAAGCACAUACUUUUUUUUUUUUUAACAAACGAAAACUUUCAUGUAUGUACAUAUAUACACCCGCGCACACAGACACACACACACACACUAGCAAAAACUAAAUGACCUCUAAUGUAUUCGUUUUCUCAAUUUUCCAUUAUUAGAUACUCAAAAUCAUCAGAUGAGUAAGAAGUAGCAUCAUCUUCUUGUUCAGUCUUUUCCAAAAUACUACAGGUACACAUUUUCCUCCUAAAUUCUACGUCAUAAACACACUACAAGUCCCACCUCCCCAAAUAGAAAUAAAAAAAGUUGGCUUAACAGGUAACUUAUAGGUAGGUAGUCUUUUUGUAAAUGCAUUAAUUGUAAUUGCCAUACAAGGGUGGUUUCCUUGGAGUAAUGUAACAGUGUCUUCAAAAAGUCACUAGCAAGUUCUUUUUUGUUUUUUGUAGUUGUUGUUGUUGUUAUGGUAGGAAAUUAACACUAUGUCCAUUAGCAAAGCCAAUCAAACAGACGAAGAACAAAUAGUUUAUUUUCAACUGAAUGAAACUGUGUUUUCAGCAAUCUAGCUCAAUCCAUUGAGAGUCUAUAAAUGCCCUUCUUUUUUCUUUGCCCCUGCCAUUGACAGCACUUUGUCCUUCUGGCGAAUUUCCUCCCUCAGCUUCACCUCGGUGAUCCUCAGGUGCCUGAUGCUGGACUUCAUCUCCUUCAUCUUCACCUCCAUCAGGGCUAUGAUGUCCCUCUGCUCGUUGAGCUUCCUCAGCAGCUCCUCGGUAGUGGUGCCGGAAGACAUGGAGUAAGAAUGGUCCGUGAAUAGAGGAGAGGGGCAGCAGUCUGGGAUGGGGUAGGUCUCCUCGCCCACCACCACCACCUGGAUGCCCUGGUGUGUCCCGUGGCUACCUGGAGACGAGAAGUGGCUGGCUAGUCCUCCUCCUGCAUCCAGCUUGACCGUGAGGUUCCCUGGGUUCGGUUCGGCAGCCACCGGUCCCCCUCCAGCCGCUGCUCCCAUGGCUUCCAUGGCACUGCCCAUCACGGCUGCCGAAGCGCUGACUCCGGCCAUGGUGGCCCCCAUGCCGGCCGUGGCUCCCAGUAAGACCAUCUCGGCAUUGCCGGCUGUCAGCUCCAGCACCUCCUGCUCCUCCUGGCCGGGCAGUCCUGUCACCAGCACGGUGGUGGCGGCGGACGAGUAGUGGGGCUGCGGCUGCUGCCUCUUCUUGCCCCGGUCCCCCGCGUUGUUCCUGCGGACCUUCCUCUCGUUGACUCCCCGCAGGGGGAAGAUGGUGGGGAUCUUGAUGCUGUACGACUUGCGGCCUCCCUGGAAGUGCAGGCUGCACACCCGGUGCCCGUUGGUGGGCUGGAAGGUGUUGAAGCAGCCCGUCACACCGGCCCUCGACACAUUCUUCAGCCACUGCCGCCGGAGCUCCACAUCCUUCGGGAACGUGUAGAAGUGCAGGCCUUUGUCCCGGUGCGAGUUACUAUAGCAGCCCGGGACGCAGCACGUGAAGCCGGGCAUGACGGCCCCCGGGAUGUUUUAUUAAAUCGGCAGCUGCGAGAUGCUCGACACCGAAAGCGGGCAGCGGAAACUACACAUUCCAGAAUGCAUCUGACUUCCUCUGGAAGAUCGGGCGUGGCUUCAGCAGCGAGGCCUGCCCUCUCCCCCGAAAUGCUUAGAGUGUGCGCCCUGGGAGUUACCGCGAGAUUGGUUACCGCGGGAUUGUUUGGAAACAGUGGGAGCUGAGUUGGAGCUGAGAGAGGGUGAGUUAGUGGGAGCUGAGUUGGAGCUGAGUGAGGGUGAGUUAGUGGUGCUGUGUUGGAGCUGAGUGAGGGUGAGUUAGUGGGAGCUGUGUUGGAGCUGAGUGAGGGUGAGUUAGUGGGCGCUGUGUUGGAGCUGAGUGAGGGUGAGUUAGUGGUGGUGUGUUGGAGCUGAGUGGGGGUGAGUUAGUGGGCGCUGUGUUGGAGCUGAGUGAGGGUGAGUUAGUGGGAGCUGUGUUGGAGCUGAGUGAGGGUGAGUUAGUGGUGUUGUGUUGGAGCUGAGUGGGGGUGAGUUAGUGGGCGCUGUGUUGGAGCUGAGUGAGGGUGAGUUAGUGGGAGCUGUGUUGGAGCUGAGUGAGGGUGAGUUAGUGGGGUUUUUGUGUUGGAGCUGGAGUGAGGGUGAGUUAGUGGGCUGCUGUGUUGGAGCUGGGAGUGAGGGUGAGUUAGUGGGCGCCUGUGUUGGAGCUGAGUGAGGGUGAGUUAGUGGGCUACUGGUGUUGAGCUUUCUCGAGUGAGGGUGAGUUAGUGGGCGCUUGUGUUGGAGCUUUCUGAGAGUGAGGGUGAGCAGUGGCGCCGUGCUGGGAGCCUCGGAGCGUGAGGGUGGAGUUAGUGGUGUGCUGGAGGAGGGGUGAGUUAGUGGGAGCCUGUGUUGAGCUGAGUGAGUGAGUUAGUGGGCUCGUGUUGGAGCUCGUGGCGGGAGGGUGGAGUUAGUGGUGCUGUAAGCUGGAGCUUCUGGAGUGAGGGGUGAGUUAGCGUGGUGCUGUGCUGGGAGCUCUGAGUGAGGGGAGUUAGCAGCUGGGAGUGAGGGGUGAGUUAGUGAGCCGGAGUUGGAGCUGAGAGAGGGUGAGUUAGUGGGAGCUGAGUUGGAGCUGAGUGAGGGUGAGUUAGUGGGAGCUGAGUGAGGGUGAGUUAGUGGGAGCUGUGUUGGAACUGAGUGAGGGUGAGUUAGUGGGAGCUGUGUUGGAGCUGGGUGAGGGUGAGUCGUUGGAGCUGAUGAGGGUGAGUUAGUGGGAGCUGUGUUGGAGCUGAGUGAGGGUGAGUUAGUGGGAGCUGUGUUGGAGCUGAGUGAGGGUGAGUUAGUGGGAGCUGUGUUGGUAAGAUGCGUUGCUGGUUUAGUACAUAGCUGUCUAUAAUGUAAGAAAGUGUCCGAUUCUGGUUUAUGCUGUCAGAUUCUGAGUGCAGCUUGUAUUUGUUUUUUUGCUCAGCUGCUCCAGACACACAGGUGACUAGUUUGACAUCAUUGAGGUUUAGUCACUAUUUCCAUCUUGUAGCUAAUUGAAAUAUAGCACAUAGGUAAACAUGGCUGAUUUUACCCCUUGAGGACACCGCUUCAGAAGCUUGUCUUACAAUUAAGGACACUAGCCAUUUUUGCAUUUUGUGUUCAAACGCAAUUUGCAUCUGUCAUUUAUUGCACCAACACAUAUUCUAUUACAUGGCAAACAGGGCUUUAAUUUGAUGUCACAAAUACAUAGAUACAUUUUCAUUAAUUAUAAAAAACAAAAGCCCCCAAAAAAGCCCAACCUUUUUUUCACGGUUUUGGCAAUAAUAGCGUGUGCAUAAUAUGUCCAGCUUAGUAUAAGUAAUUCAAAAUAAAUUAAUUUGUGUCUUGAUUUAUAGAGUACAUCAUAUGUAUAGGAUUUCAGCUUAUUUUGAAAGUUACAGGUCACAAAAUACAAGGACUAAAAUAAAAUUUCAAUUUGCAAUCAUUUUAGAAGUUGGUAUGUUUGUCUUGUAGGUUUAGUAGCCAUCACAGAAAAAAAAUUGCCACACAAAAGUAUAUAUUUAUAUAAAGUAGACAUCACAGGCUAUUUACCUAAGGUUAGUUUGACACUUUUUACGUAUUUCAUCACCAAUCUCUGCUAAAUAUUGGAGUAAAUUUUUUUAUUUUUUAUUUAUUUUGGCAUAUACACAUAUAACAAGCUUUUUGUAAUGUGUAUUUCGUAAAGCUGGUGUGUGCUAUUCCUGCACCGAACCCCAUAUUAUUUUCAGCUACAUCUGCUGAGUAUAACGAUACCCCCAUUGUAUGCCUUUGGCACUUUUCUUUAAAGCUUCAAUGACAUAUAAGAGACAAGGCUAUUUCAGUUUCUAUAGUUAGAAUUUUCAUAGAUGGGCCAUUGUGUCAUUUUAGGGUAUUAUAGCAGUGUAACUGUUCAAAUAACCCCACAAAGGGCUUUCAUUUGAUAACGCAGACACCCCAGGGUAUCUUAUAUGGUGUAUAUUGUGCCUUAAAGGACCACUAAAAUGCCAGGAAAACAAACUCAUUUUCCUGGCACUAUAGUGUUAAUAGGUCCCCCCCUCCCGCUGGGCUCUAGGGGGAGGAAGGGGUUAAACACAUACCCCUCGGCGCUGGGGACUCUCAUCCUCCUUCCGACGUCAUUGGCUGAAUGUGCAGGCGCGGCAAGAGCCGUGCGUGCAUUCAGUCAGUCCAUAGGAAAACAUUACUCAAUGCUUUCCUAUGGACGCUGGCGUCUUCUCACUGUGAAAAUCAGUCGGAAGCGCCUCUAGCGGCUGUCAAUGAGUCAGCCACUAGAGGCUGGAUUAACCCAUAUGUAAACAUAGCAGUUUCUCUGAAACUGCUAUGUUACAGCAGGCAGGGUUAACCCUAGAUGGACCUGGCACCCAGACCACUUCAUUAAGCUGAAGUGGUCUGGGUGCCUAUAGUGGUCCUUUAACUUUCACCAAUUUAUGUCAAUGUUUGUGGUGGUGGGGGGGGGGGGAGGGAAUGGCAUUUUUACAUAUGUUGCAUUUUUGCUGAGUAUUUCUUACACUUGAUAUGUCCCACUGUCAUAAAAAUCCUCAAAUUAUACUCCGUUACAUCCUUCGGAGUAAAACAAUAUGCCCAAUGCAUGGCCUAGACACUAUUUUGUGAAGUUACAGUGCUGUAAAAGAGACGUGACAAGUUCAGGUUUUUAAGUGUGAAUUUUCAUGGCGGGUUUUGAUGCGCAGUGUCCCACUUUGGAGCACUUGAGCAGGCUACAUAUUCCAACUACACCAUAAAUGCAUACCAUUUCUUAAAGAAGACAUCCCAGGGUAUUUCAAAAGGCAUAUUUUGAACCUUAGUGCGGGAUAAUUUUUCCGCUAGCUUGUACUAGCUAGUGUAGUGGUAAUAAGUUUUUUUUUUUUUUCUGCCUUUUUGACACACAAAGUGAGUUUGCACAGUAUAUUUUGCAAACCUUAUGCGUGCUACGACUGUAUAAUACUUCAUAUGUUUCUCAGCUAUGUCGUCUGAGUACAGCAAUACCUCUGAAUGUAUGUUUGCCAGGUAUAUGUGGACAUAGAAGGGGCACAUUUGAGACAGUCAUCACAAUUUUUUUCAAACUAUUAAUUUUUACGCUGUGUCCGGUAAGCACCUUUUAUGCCGAGGAUGGUUCCGGCAUUUCCUGUUUGGCGGUCAAGGUGGCAUGCCGCACUCAUUGCGGGCUGGGCGCCUGCGCACAGCGGUGGAACGAACUCCGCGAGGCCUUGCGUUCCACCGAAGUUCCGUCUGUGCUACUGUGCAUGCGCAGUUGGAACUUUAUUGUUUUGGCUCUAAAUUUUAACUACAAGCGCUAUUUAAGCUGUGCUAGACCAUCCUAUCAGCAGGAUGCUGUUCAGAUUGGGUCUACCGUGUCACUAGUCCACCCCCACACGACUGUGAGGUUUUUGAGGUGCGAUAUUUGUCUCUACUUUAAAAUCCAAACUUGAAAAUUAAACAGAUUUUUAAAGUUGAUUUUUGUUCUGUUUCUCUGGAUAAAAUGUAAAAGGACAGGAAUCCUGCACCUGAACCCAGGAAAGUGACUGCAAAGGCUAAACAUUUUAUUCUGUAGCGAAUGUUCUACUCUACCGGAUGGGUGUAAGAAGAAGGUCUGUAAUCUAUGUUCAGCGGAUAAUCUGGAAAAUCCAAGCAGAGAGACAUGCAGUCUUUUCUUUCUUGGUUCCUAGGUAAUCUGGCUCAAACCUUUUGAAUCGUUUAAAGAAACAGCCAGAUCAAGCAUUUCAGUAGCUUAUCAUGGUACAGCUAGUAAGAAACUAAAAAAAAGAGCUAAAAUGAACAAGCUAUCUUUGAUCUUAAGUGAAUAUCUUCCUAAAAAAUAUAUAAGGAUAAAGGUUUUCCUGUUCAAGAGAAACUAAUCAACUUGAUGUACAGAGAAUGGAAAAAAAAUCCCGAAAGGAGCUUUUAUUUCAAGGAAUUUCAAAAAUCUUUACAAGAUCCAAAGUGAUUAUAAAUGGGAAGAACUACCUAAUUGUAGACAUUCAGAUAGCUCAACGUUCAAAAACGACAACCAUUCCAAUUGGUGAAGUUUCCGGCCUUAAAAAUCCGAUGGACAAAAGGGCUGAGGCAUCUUGUAGAAGAGCCUUCCAGUCUGCUGGCUUUCAAUGCAAUGCAGCCUCAGCUGAGGCCUCUGUUGUUAAAGCUUAUUAAAUAUUAUGCAGAACUUGAAGUUCUCCAAUUAGUUUUUAAUGGAUAUGUCAGAAGGAAUUCUGAAAUUGGCAGCACGCAUUAUGGGCCUUAUGGCUACGAUCUUGGUCUGCUGAUAAGGCUUCCAAGUCUUCCCUCUGAGAAUUGCCUUUAGAUAAAUCAAAGAUGUUUUGGUCUCCUCUGGAAGAGAUUAUCAGACAAAUGUCAAACACAAAAGGCCCUUCCACAGGAUAGAAAGAUUUCUUGGAAGCCGGGUUACAAGAACUUCCAGUUUCGCACGCGCAAGAAUUAUGGAUAUCAAGACCGAUUCAGAAAAUUUUGUAAAUUCCAGAAGGAAUACAGAUUUGAGGAUGAAACCGGUAGACAAGACAAAAAGAGGAGGUCAGAAUGGUAAGAGGCAGGGAGCAAAGCACACAACAUCCUUGGGUGAUGAAUAUCAUUGCAGAUGGCUAAAAAAAUCCGAUUUACAGAAAAGCCAAAGCACAGUCUCACAAUUUCUUUAUACCAAGCAAAAGAAAAAACAGUCUCUUUGGCAGCAGCAGUAUCUCUUUUGAAGAAAGGGGUCAUAGAGAAGGUCCCAAAGAACCAAGAAUUUCAUCGCGUGUAUUCUCGUCUCUCUAGUUCCAAAACCAGAUCAAUCCCUGAGGCCGAUCCUGGAUCUAAAGACUUUGAACAAGAUCAUCCCAUACCAAACAUUCCGUAUGGAAUCCAUUCUAUCGGCUACCCAUAUCAUACAGAAAUGGGAAUUAAUGGCUAUCCUGUGGCACAAGCGUCAAAAAAAAUUCUCAAGAGUCGUCAUAAAAAUAAGAGGGAAACCUCUCAAUUUUUAAUUCAAAGCACUGCCCUUUGUUCUAACUUCAGCUCCAAGAAUUUUCAUGAAGAUCCUCACUCCCAUUACUGCAACGUUAAUAAUAAAAGGUAUUGCUAUCGUUCUAUAUCUGGACAAUUGGCUUCUAAUGGCCAAGUCAAAAGAGCUCCUGAAGCUUCACAUCAAGGCUACUAUAGAUGUCUUAGAACAUCACAGUUGGGUGAUCAAUCGAAAAAAGUCUUAUCAUCCCGCUACAGAAGCUCAAUUUCUGGGAUUCAUCAUAGACUCAAGGACUCUUUCAUUACACCUUACUCCAGAAAGGAAAUUAAAAAGAGAACCAAGCUGUUCAAUUCGAAGAGUGUCCUGGGGAUAUUAACAUUGUCCAUUCUGGCAGUAAGAUGGUCAAGAGCAGCCAUAAGACCCUUCAAUGGGAAAUUCUACUGUAGUGGUUAAAAAGGGAAGAUGAUCUAGAUUUGGAAAUUGUGCUUUCUUCCGAAGUCAGAAGUCAACUUGUUUGGUGGAAAAUAUCCAGCUGCCUUUCAAAAGGUCUAUCUUUCAAACAAAAAGAAUGGCUUAUUGCUGCUACAGACGCCUCCCAACAUGGUUGGGGGCCUGAAUUCCAAUUCCACAUGUGUCCGAGGAAUCUGGUCCGCGAAAGACGCUCGCCAAUCUUCAAACUUCAGGGAACUUAAAACCGUCUUCAAUGCUCUUCUUCAUUUCAAAACUUGGAUAUCACACAGCUGUAAGAAUUCGAUCAGACAACAGCACAUCAGUGGCCGUUUUGAACAGACCAGGUGGAACAAGGAUAAUAAGCCUUUAUCUUCUUUGUUCAGAAAUAUUUUGUUGCGCGCAAAAGGAACUGGAAGAUUUGGCUGCUACACACACAAAGGGGAAGGACAACUUUGUAGUAGACGAGUUGAGCAGGUCAAAAUGGUCUGGAGCGGAAUGGUCCCUUCAUCCAGCCUUAUUCUCAGUUCUCAUCAGAAGAUUCGGAACUCCAGACGUAGAUCUGAUGGCCAGGAGGAGAAAUUGCAAGGCUAGCCAAGAUCAUCCCCACUUUCUAGACCGGAUGACGAUGGAUUUUGAUCUGGCAUAGGUUUUUCCUCGAGUAUCCUUGAUUCCAAGGGUCAUCCAGAAAAUCAGAUCAGAAGAGGCUCGGGUGCUGGUAAUUUUUCCUUACUGGCCAAACAAGUUCCUUCUUUGGUGUCAUGACCACAACUGCCUUCUCCCACAUUUGGGAGAGCUGAGUGGACUUUCCCUGGCUCCAGUAUGGCUUAUAUUCCUGGGUGCGAGGGAACAGUGAUCUUCCUGCAGCUCCUUUCUGCUCCCUCGCACUGUCUGCAGUGAUGCCAGGGCCGGAAUGAUGUCAUAUUUCAGCUCACGGCCUCAUUACACAGCGCGAUGGAGCAGAGGGGAGCUGCAGGAAGACUGCUCCCUAGCACCCUGCCCCAGCCUGCCACCUCCCUUCCUUCUGAGUGUAGGCAGGUGGCCAGCUACAAACCUCCCUGAGCUGGCCGCCUCUAUGCUCCUGCGGGUUGCCGGUUACACAGCUUCCUGAGCCAGCCGCCUCUAUACCUCCCAGGGUGGCCAGCUAAAACUUUCCCUCACACACUGCCCCAGGCUGCCGCCUCCAUACCUAGUGCUGGUGGCCGGCUAUACAGCUCUUGAUCGGGUGGGCAGCUGGCCGGCUCCAUUGUCUGCCCAGCCGGCUACUUUAGGUAAAAGGCUGACAAAUCUCAGACGCCAGGGCUAAAUUUCUAGUCGCCAUGGCGACCUGGCGUCUAGGAUUUGUCGCGCCCUGGACUAACAGACUUGUAUUUGCAACAAGACUAGCUGAAUGGACAGGAACAGAGUAUGUUGUGGGCUCUGUUUAAACGAGCUUACCUUCUAGAGGAAGUGGGGUAAAGUGACCCAGGGGGUAGUUCGCAGACAUGGAAUACAUGUUCAGAUGCUUAUUUGCAAAUGUUAUUACUCUUACCAUCUAAACCAUGUGAACGGAUAUUUUCUUUAACCCAUUACUACAUUUUGCUAAAGCACAACUGGCAUGUUUGAGAAGACUGGAUGUGGUGUGGGUGCCAUUUUGGACCAGCUAAGUGGUCAAGCUUUGCUAAAACAGUUUAAUAUCUGACUGUAGGACAGAGCCAGGGCAUUUCUAAAGAGUAGACUGUAGUGGUUGGAUUUGAAGAUGCUAUUUGAAAGUGGAAUAAAACCACAAAACAUUAAAAUAGAUAUUGGGGAUAUAUACUUAUUUAAAUACAAAUACAUUUCUAUAUAACGUGCACAUUGAUGUUAUAUGAUGGGUUCCAAGUGUGCUGGGUUUUCUUCAUACUUCAAUAGAUACCUGGGGUUUCCCUCUGGCAGCUGGGACAAUUUUUAGUGGUCCCAGCUGACAGAUAAGCUGCAUGCGGUGCUUAGUCUCCUCCGCAUAUAGCCAUUUAAAUUCAUAGGGAACACUGCUCGAGCUCAGCCACAGCAAUUCUCUCACCGCAUCAAGUGAUUGGGAGACACUCAAGGUCUGAACAGGCCUUGAAGGGUCUCCCUCAACACUCUCAUGGCAUCUUGAUCAAUGCUUGACUUUGUCAGUUGCCCAACACCAAACUCAAUGCAUUGGGCAUGCUAUAUUUAAUGAAAAAGAUAGGAAUGUGUCAUACUGAAAAUAGCCAGUAGAUGGCAGUAACAUACCACUCUGUUUUAACUGAGAUUUCCCUUUGCUAAUAUCAGUACUGAUAUUAGUAGAGGGAAAACGUUGUGAUUAGAAUUAAAUCAGUGAUCAAGAUUAUGAAUUAGGCGGGUCCUGCCCUGGGCCGCAUGCUGUUUGACAUGCUUGGUGUAGAACAUUCAGUUAACAUUUGAUGAGUAUUUCAUGCAAACUGGUAAAAAGGUCUACCUUUUGAUUUUAAUUGUGUUUUAAAUAUAUCUUUACAGUGCUGACACAAUGGCAGAUAUUUUUCAAGAAAACGUUACUACACGGUCUUUGCUAAAAAGAUUUUUGGAAAGUGAGCCAACUCGUUCAGCUGUAAAACGUCGUUCAGUGUCCAGGUAAAAUGUUUCCACAAAAUAUUUGAAAAAGCAUGUCACUCUUACCAUAUGAACACUUUUUUUUUUUUUUUAACUUUCAAAUUUUUUUAGCAAUGACUUUUGCAUAUUGCUAAUUCUGCAGGCAGGAAAGAUAUUUUGUGUUAAUUCUCUCCCCCACGGGGUGUUGCUUGAACUCCGAGGAAGAUGGCUGCCUAUCUUGUGAGCUCCGUCCCACGUAGCUUCUAAUAGCGCACUAUCCUCGUAGCACGGUCCACUGAUGGGGCACACAAAACGGCUCGAUAACCACCAGACCACGUGGGGCAACCAUAGAAGCUCGCAUGCAGGACCCAUGGACGAAUUCCUGCAAACGCCUGUGAGUGUAUCCCGCAAGGCGACAGGCCUCAAUAUGGCUGACUCCCCGGUCCCUUCACCCGUAUUGGACCCAGGCAUACCCUCCCUGUCCGAUAUUAGUGCGGACAUAAAGGCACUCAUGAGAUCGAUGGUAACUAAAGCAGACCUAGCAACCCUCUCAGACAAUAUCUGUGUGGCGAUCCGAGGUAGCUACGUUGCGGAGCGAUAUUGCGGAACACUGCACCCGCAUCCAAGCCCUAAAAACAGCCAACCUAACUGUAACAGCACAAUCUCAGGCAUCCAACCUAGCUUUGACACGACAAGGCGCCAUGCUAUUGAACCUGAGAAAACAGGCUGAAGAAUUAGACAACAGGAGCCGCAGAUCCAAUAUCCGCACACGCGGCCUACCUGAACCCUCGAGGGAAGAAAACGUGGAAGCCACUCUAACGGCCCUCUUCCGGGACAUUCUUGGACCAGAAUAACCAGACUGCAUCAAUUUUGACAUAGCGCAUAGAGCCACCAGACUGCGCUUUGCGGAUGGAACUCCACCUAAUAAAAUUUGUUGCCUAUACAACCACAGGGUCAAAGACCUCAUUAUGUCUAAAUCUCGCUCGAGACCGACCUGGAGAUAUCACGGGGCACUCUACCAGGAUCUUUCGCUCUUGAUACUUGAAGCACGCAGACCCUUGAGACCGGUGACACUUUUACCAGAGCGUAAUAUCCAAUUUAAUGUCCGAAUGAAUGGAUCCCUUUACGGUGGCCAGAAGAGGCUCUGAAUUUCCUGCAAUGUGCUAAGCUCAUUCACUGGAUACCACCCUUCAUAGUUGAGACACUAAAUCCCCUGACUAGCAGAUGUCUGCCUUCCCCGUUACCACUAUUGUCCUAAAAAGACUAAAAAUCUAGGUAGACGCAGACAAUUCCUAGCUCAAUACCCCAGACGUACCCUCUGAGAUCCGACUAACCUUCCCCAUAAACAUGGAUAACGUGUACCUCCAGACAGAUAUAAGUAUGAUACCCCUCUCGAAACUUCGACAAGCAGACCCCUAGCAAUUAACGCCACAAUCGACCAAUGACCUGACAAUUCUUAAAACCCAAAAGGGACUAAACUGAUUAGUGCAACAUAUACAGACACUAGUAAGUGGGAAACGAGGCUCUCUUAGAUCUGAAUACUACACUUCUAACCUACUUCAUAUACCAUAUGUACGCCUUUUGAAUCUUUUCACUCGUGAACCCCGGGCCUCUGUCCCAACCAGACCCAGCAUAUACCUAGACAACUGGGGGAGCCACUAUCGUCGCCGCUCCGGUCUCGACCGUCGAAUGGUACAGCUCUGGUUACGCGGGAAUACCUCAAGUAGACUGUUAAUUUAUCAGGUGUGUCCUCUGGAGGAGAGUGACCGAGAGAAGGGUCUCCUCCAAACACACCUCACCGAUCAUUCUCUGGUCAUUUACCUCUUUAGAGCUCUCCUUUUCUUCCUCCUUGCGACCCGCUCGCUUCGUAUUACAGGAGGCCUGCUGCUGGGGCACCCUACAGGAGAGUGCUAUCCCCUGACACCCCCCUUGUACCCUUUUCACGCUUGUCUAAUCAGUUCCCACGUAUCCACUGUCUCCCCUCUUUGCAUAUUUUGGCUUCCCCACCUACCGCCCGCAAGGACACAACUGCGGGGUGUUGGCGUGCAAUCCGCUAUCUAACUUAUUCUCCUUCUAACCUUAAUUCUCCCCUACACCUUCCUUGGGGCGUGGGCCGGCUCCUUGAACACAUAUUACUGGGAUCCUGAAGUGUUCAUAUCAACUUAACUAGACCGAAUCGCAUAUACCAUUGCCACUCUACACAUGGCCUAUACACCGGCACCUUUCCGCAUCAUGUCCCAAAACUGCAGAGGGCUGAACGUCCCUGAGAAACGCCCUCAUCUACUACGUGACCUCAAGCGUCAACAUAUCUCCAUAGCCCUAUUACAGGAAACACACCUCCGAGCUUAAGCAAACCAACUGCUGAAGGAUAAGUUCUACCCGAUGAACUACUAUAGUAAUCACGAUACAGCUCGCAACUUUGGAGUGGCGAUUCUUCUAGCAGCAAAUCUACAGUUCUCACUAUCAGAAACACUGACUGACACGUAAGGCAGAUACCACUUCGUAAAAGGUGUAGUGUCCCAAAGAACUUACACACUCGCCUCAAUAUAUGUCCCGAGCAGUGGACAGGCUCAAUUCAUAUGAAAAACGUUACUGAGGCUCGCUAAUUUCACUGAGGGCACCCUUUUACUAGGAGGGUACUUGAACGUCCCUUUAGAUCCUAUAUCGGAUUCGUCCAAUGGACACAGUAGUAUACCCCGAAGCAAAUGCCGAUCCCUACGAGAAUUGCGACUAGUGGAUACGUGGAGAGCCCUUCACCUGGAAGGCAGGUACUAUACAUUUUACUCUGCGCUACAGCAUACACUCACGCAUUGACUACAUCUUCAUACAGGAGGAGGCCUUACACAUCUGCAGCACACAAACAUAGUUUCAACACCCUGGUCUGACCAUAACUCUGCCACGAUAACACUGGUCUCACCAAUGUUCCGCCCUACACCCACAGCGAGUCAAUUUUUUCUGACCUCGCAACAACAGACCAAGUGACGCAACACAAACCGUAUUUUGCAGAGAGCACAACCGAGGGGAAGCCACACGUUACACUCUGGGAAGCACAUAAGUGUCCUCAGAGGGCAUUUUAUCCGGUUGGCUACACAGAAAAAAAAACCUAGAGGCCUAACUGAGGAGCUCACCGCCACAAUUGCAAAGCUGGAAUCCCUUCACAAACUAAGCCAGCAGGAGAGUAAUUAUAGAGAAUUAAUGCUGGCGGAACUACUAUAACGUAAAUAUCACCAAAACACUCCAAAGCCCUUUUCUACUUGCACGCGAAUAAGGGCAGAUAAUUACUGGCACACAUGCUAAGAGGCCAGAAAAAACAAGCUUAGGUACAUGCAUUACAUACAUCACGAGGCAACUUAACGCAGUUUCCAGAGGAAAUGGCUCGCGAGUUUCGUACAUUCUAUGAAAAACUCUACAAUAUCCGAGUCAUUCGAAUGUUCUUGAUACAACUCCUAGCGAGAAUAGAAGGCAGGGGACUACUUCUGCUUCCCACAAACGCUGAAAAGGCAUUUGACCGAGUGGAUUGGCACUUUAUGGUGACGACGCGCGCCAAAACUGGAAUCUGCAACAGAAUGCUCAAAUGGAUCGCAACUCUCUACACUAACCCGAGCGCACGGAUUAGAGGCAACGAAACACUCACAGACCGUAUCGACAUAUGCAACGGCACCAGGCAAGGCUGCCCACUAUUGCCGCUACUAUUUGCUCUAACUUUGGAGCCAUUUCUGAAUAAAAUUAGGAAAAAAAACAUCCAUCAUGGGAUUUAGGCACAGAACCCAACAAGAACAACAAGAGGACAUAGAAGAAAAAGUAUAUUAGAGACUCAACAAAAGAGACUCUAGACUGAUUUUAAAUAUAAUAUAGGGAAAGUACUAGUAACAUUGAAUGACUAGAGAAACCAGCACUGAAGUACUUAGAGAGAAAAAAAUUAUCCAUAAGUAUAUAGUAUAUAUUGAAUAGAUAUUCCAAAGAUGCCCCAAAAAUGAAACAAUUAAAGAUACUUUAUUAUAAUUCUAAUGAUAAAAAGAAGGGGCAAAAAAUGGAAUAAAAUCAGACCUAAAAAGUUAACAAUACUAUAUAUCACAUGAAUCUACAAGGGGAGAAACCAAAUUUUUCAAUAAGGAUAUAAUAGCUAGUCCCCAGAGAAGAAAAAAAUGGUAGUUAAUCAAAAGAUAAGUAAACAGGGAAUAAUAAGUACAGAGGUAAUAAUUACCCUAAUACUCCAAAAUGAAACACCUUCAGGUAUAUUCUAUGCUGUCCCUCAGCCUAUAUUAUAAUGAGAAAAGGAGGAACCACAGUAAAUGGGUUUAACUUUAUUUUCUUUUCACAAUGGUAGCACUAGGUGUUUGAUUUUUUAUUUAUUUUAAGUUUUGUCUCAGCACUGAUUGAAUCCAAGGGGAGACAGAUAGAGACAGUGUAUUUACUUGCUCCUGUAUAGGGUUAGCAUAGAACACUCUUGAAGGUGUUUGUCUCUAAGAGUUUGCAGGGAAAAUACUCCUUAUUCAUAACCUUCCUUUUUUUAUGCUGCUCGGUUUAUUAUUGAUUUACUGAGGGUCUCUAUAUAUAGGGAUAGCAUAGAACACCCUCAAAGGUGUUUUUAGGAGUUUUCAGGGAUUUUAUUCUCUAUUUACAACUCUCCUUUCCUAUGCUGCAUUGUUCAACAUUUACCCACUGAGGGUUUCUCUAUAGUGAUAGCAUAGAACACUCUUGAAGGUGUUGAUUUUUAGGAGCCUUCAGGGACUAUCAAUUUUUUAUCUACUAUUCUCUUCUAUAUGCUGUUCUGCUCAGUACCCAUUUACUGUGGUUCCUCCUUUUCUCAUUAUAAUAUAGGCUGAGGGACAGCAUAGAAUAUACCUGAAGGUGUUUCAUUUUGGAGUAUUAGGGUAAUUAUUACCUCUGUACUUAUUAUUCCCUGUUUACUUAUCUUUUGAUUAACUACCAUUUUUUUUCUUCUCUGGGGACUAGCUAUUAUAUCCUUAUUGAAAAAUUUGGUUUCUCCCCUUGUAGAUUCAUGUGAUAUAUAGUAUUGUUAACUUUUUAGGUCUGAUUUUAUUCCAUUUUUUUUGCCCCUUCUUUUUAUCAUUAGAAUUAUAAUAAAGUAUCUUUAAUUGUUUCAUUUUUGUGGGCAUCUUUGGAAUAUCUAUUCAAUAUAUACUAUAUACUUAUGGAUAAUUAAUUUUUUUCUCUCUAAGUACUUCAGUGCUGGUUCUCUAGUCAUUCAAUGUUACUAGUACUUUCCCUAUAUUAUAUUUAAAAUCAGUCUAGAGUCUCUUUUGUUGAGUCUCUAAUAUACUUUUUCUUCAAUACUUUAUCCUGGGUACAAGCCCUUUUGGUGGAUCUGUAACCACCAGCCUGACCUUUGGGGGUGCCUCACUCUCACUUUUUCUGUGUGAGUUGUAGACACACCUCCAACAUUUUAUUUACCUUAACAAGAGGACAUAUUUUUAAACCAUUGUCCCUCUAAUUUAAGACUAUCAGGAAGUAUUACUUUACUGAGAGGGUAGUGGAUGCAUGGAAUAGCCUUCCAGCUGAAGUGGUAGAGGUUAACACAGUAAAGGAGUUUAAGCAUGCGUGGGAUAGGCAUAAGGCUAUCCUAACUAUAAGAUAAGACUAGGGACUAAUGAAAGUAUUUACAAAAUUGGGCAGACUAGAUGGGCCGAAUGGUUCUUAUCUGCCGUCACAUUCUAUGUUUCUAUGUAACCCAAGAACACAGUCGCCGCAAAUGUAUACGACAUGCUGUUUUUAAUCGAAAACUAGUUGACGAAUUCUGUGUAUGGUCGAUUUGUCUAGAUUUAAGCUGAAUCUUACUAAAUGUGAGAUAUUGAACGGAAAUAUCCUGAUUACUGACUAUACACGACUCAAACGAUACCCCUUUCACUGGUUCGCAGAUCAAAUGCGUUAUCUUGGGUACCAAUCAAACCAGUGGAGAUCUAUAAUCAAAACUUCCUUUUUCUUCUCAACAAUAUUACAGAGGAUCUUGAAAAAGGGAACUACAACCACAUCUCAUGGCAGGGCCGUAUAGCGGUAUUAAAAAUGAAUGUCUUCUUGAGACUUUUAUACCUUUUUUAGCACUAUACCUUGGAAUCUACCGCACUGGAAUCUAACACAACGAGCGACCGUGCUCAGAUAUGUUUGGAAAGGGGAGAAAGCGAGAGUAAGCCAUGAUAAACUCUGCCGUCCACAAACAAGGGGAGGCCUUGCAUUACCAGACUUUCAAAAAUAUUACCAUGCAAUGGUUUUCCAGAGAAUCAGGGAAUGGCAUGUGGCACCAUCCCAUAAAUGGGCCACACCAGAUGGGUCCAGGAUCUCAUGCUCUCAUAUGGUAAAACGCAUCUGAGGUUAUAACCAAUAUGGGCAGCGACUCCCCCAUUGGAUGUACACUGAAGAUCUGGACCGCAUAUGGAAAGAAGCCUAUCCCCAAAACCGAGCCCCCUGAUCCCACUGACGAAUAACACCGAACUAGGAGGAGGAAUCCCAUCAUCUCUAUGGCCUUUGGUGGCUCAGGAUGGGUAUAUCCCCUUACGAACAGUGCUCAGGUUUGAAGGGCUUGCGAGAAUUACCUUUGCUUGGAAACCGUGAAUGCGGAGUGCAGAAUAUCCACACUCUACCAGAGACUGAUAGGAGACCGGAUGCAAAAUUAUGCAUUAAAGAGGAAUUGGGAGGAACUGACGACCCAGAUCUUCACCAAUGAUCAAUGGGGAAAAAAUACUCCCACUUCAACACAAGAGCUCGGUGAGCUCCAGAUACCAGGAGAUCCACUUUAAACUACAACCCUGCAGCGUUGUUAAUUGCCUUAUCCAGUAGGUGUCAUGUCAGGUCCAUUAUCAGGUCCUGGACUGACCAACUCUUUUAUGGUGGGUUUGUUGCUGCUGGAUAACUCCCACUGCGAUGGUGACCAGCGCCUGUUUUGGAAGCAUGCAGUGGUUUGCUUUUCAGUCUAGUAGCCAUGGCGCCUUGGUGUUAUGUGAUGCUUAUUUCUCCCAAAUGUUCUUCUAGUACUGUUCCUUCUCUGCUCUGUAUGGAACUUAGGUGGAAAUGUUGCGGUUACCCUGCAGCUGUGCCCCCGGGGGAGGAUGUGGGGGUGGCAUAAUUCUAAUGAGAUCCAUGCUUGGUCCCUUUUUGACAGUGUCAUGAAAGGUAAGGGGCAUAGUCAUUAUCACAUAAAGCCAGGGUGAAUAGUGUUUUCACAACUAUGGUGUCAGGAAUACAUGUUUGUAUUCCUGACACUAUAGUGUUCCUUUAAGCAAAUUAAAGGAACAUUCUGGUCAACUUCAUCUAAAUGAAAAUGCUAUGAUGCCAGGAAGCCCCAGAGUGCUCUUUCCUUUAAGGGGUUAAACCGAUCUCAAAUGGUUUAACCCCAAAGGCUUCCUCCAACUCCAGAUCUCCAGGUCGCUCAGUGGUAUUCGGCUUCUGAAACGGAGUGUCAGGAACUGCAGAUUGAUGUCAGGCAUGAGUGAUGCAGAUUGGCUAGAGUGGUCAGUUGACACUCUAAGCUAAUCGCUAGUUCCUGUUACAUAAAUUUUUUAAAAACUUUUUUAUAAAUGAGGAGCUACUGAUUGGCUUAGAGUGCCAGCUGACCACUUUAGCCAAUCAGCGACACCCCUACCCAGCAGCACUCUGUACUUCCUGACACUCAGUAAAUAAAAGUGAACACAUAAACACUUAUAUUUUUAUUUACCUGGGGAGAUGAGAAGGUCCAAAAUUUCCCUGCCAGGCCCAGGUAUCAAAACGUUAUAAUGUGGUGUCCAGAAUAAAGUGGGGGGGUUCACUUCACUUGUCUUUCCUGCUCCAAUCUCCUUUUCUUUGCCUUCAUUUGACAGUCUUCUUUUUCUUCUUACACUGUCUUCUCUCCUCCUUGGCUUCUUCUGUUCCUUUACCUUUCUGCUUAUUUUGUGCCCUUCUGCUCCUUUCUCUUUCUGAUCCCUUGCUGCCCCUUCCUGCUCAUUUCUGUUUCUUCUCUUACUUUACCUUCCUGCUCCUUGCUGACCCUUCCUGUAGGCUGUCUCCCACAUCCCUCACUUACCUGAUCUAUAGGCUGCCUCUCCCCCAACCCUCGCUUACCUGAUCUGUAGGUGUAUCCCCCAUCUCUCACUUACCUGAUCUAUAGGCUGUCUCCCCCCCCCAUUCUUCACUUACCUGAUCUAUAGGCUGUCUCUUCCCCCCCCCAUGCCUCACGUCCCUGAUCUAUAGGCUGCCCCUCCCCCCCAUGCCCCAUGUCCCUGAUCUAGUUGCUAAUCGAGUUGCUGGCUGCACUCUGUGCUGCUCCCCUGCGGAUUCAGUCAGGAGAGAGAAGCAGGGACAAGAUAUAGCUUCCUAUCCCUGUCUCUCCAUACACAGCGCCACCUACUGGCCGGUGCUGGUACUGCAUUGUAUUUUCAAUCUCACACGAAAAAUAGCAGAAUAAGUUGAAAAAUCCAGGGGAGGAGAGGGGAGAGGGGGUAGGGCGGGGGGCUUCUCCCUCCCCUGGGGACGCCCGUGUACCUGGGAUGGUUCUUUGGGAAGCAGGGCAUUUAUUCUUUUAGCAACUGCUUCUUUGGUGUAUCUGCUCAGUCUGGUUGCCAGUGCAGUCAGCGUUUGCUUAGCUGUUUCCAGUGCCUCUGGUAUUGGCAUACCCUCAGUAGGCAUGACCUAACUUUGAUCUUUCCAUCUUGUUGAGCUUGUUGGUCUGUGUUUAUUGGGAUUGUGAACAGUGCCUCAAUAACAUAAUCUUGCAUAUACUGAAUGGGGGCAGUUUUCCAGUGAUCUUUGGUAGUCUUGCCCAGUGGUCAAGGACUACUUGCUUUUCUAUGAUCAUCUUUCUUAUAUCUGUGACUGUACCAUCUUGGGGCAAAGAUUCAGAUUGACAACACUCUGUAAAUAUGGGUGUGGGUAUUUCUUCCACCUCAUGGCACAUGCAUGGCGUGGCUUGUUUUCAGUAGGCCACUUGUCAUCAGAUUUCCCUGUAUCUCUAGCAUCUGAAGUGGAGCUUGUUAAUCCAGGCGACUCAUAUUAUUGAGAUGGGCAGGGUAUAUAUCGUUGGGUUUAUGAACAGCUUACUGUUUUUGUCAAAUUGUUAACCACAUAAUAGACUAACAACAUUUUGUUCUUAAUUUAUUACUAUUCUGGUACAUUUCAUAGUCUGUAUGACUGACUGGACUUUAUGUAAAUGCUUAUUUUCUUGGACUGUGUGUGCAGAAUUAGGAUGUAAGCAGUAUUUUGUUUCUGGGAACCUUCCUCUAAUUGUGCAUUCAUCUUUCCAGUGUUGUUGGAUUUGACAGCUUCCCUUCUCCUGCCACAACUAGAAAUCGAAAUAAAAAUAGCAGCAAUGCAUCACCAGCAAUGACUUUACGUAGCAAAUUGAAAGCAAGAGUUGGCACAAUGGUAUGUUGCAAAUUUCAUUCCAUCUGCUCACCUACAUUAUAUUAUUUUAAAAAAAUUCAUAACAGUAAAUUAAGACAAAACAUUAACACGACGUAAAUAUUCCUUGAAAUGUUGCUCAUUGUUUGAAUGAAAUGUCACCAUCUUGUAAUAACAUGUCUCUUGUUCAGGCAUCAGGUGGUUCAACUAGGAAAAGUUUGUCAAGAAUCAAACGAACACAUAAUAAAGACAAAAUCUAUCCUAAUGUAGAUGACUUGGACACAAUUACUCCAAAGACCCUUUUGAAAAAAAUUAUUCAAAAUGGUAAGGUGUGUCUGUAUGUGUAUAUGUACAUAAAUUAGAAUUUGUAUUCUAACUCGUAUGUGUCAAUCAUUUUUCAGUUAGUAACUAAUAACACUGUGGUUAGUUUUAUUAUAUCUUUUUAGAAUUUAGCUAUAUACUCGGAGUGCAACUUUCAGAUGAGAACCAAUGUAAUGCUGAUGAGACUCGCCAGGUUAAAAAUGCAGUCCAUGGCUGGUUUCUGGUCACUGGUCCUUUACAAUCAGAACCCAUACUAUGAUUAAAAAGCAAAACAAAAAACUGUGUUUAAAACAACAUCCCUUGAAGGGUAUCUGCAGAAAUGCAGUAUGAAGUCUGAGACACAAUGCCUUUCUGUGCUCAUUGCAUGUCAAGCUGGAAACUCUGGAAUAGUUGUGAAAACAUGAUAGACACACACAAUUUAGACUUUGGAAAAUCUUGCAAACUUUUUGAACUUCUAGUCAAACAAACGUUUACAUUGUAAUGACACUUUGAGUAUUUUUUUUUUGUUUGCGACACCGUAUGUGACACAUCUCUCCCCAUUGAGAUCAAAGAAUGUGGGUUAAACUUGCACGGACUCCUCAACAUAUGAGCAUUUAUGGAAGGCCAAAGGCAUACACCGUGUAUAACGUAGUUUGAAACCUCCUUGACGUGAGUCACUCAAUAUUGCCUGGUAGGGGGGCAGUUUUUGGGUGGUGGGAAGAGCCCCAGUGAGUUUGACAGAAAACUCAUUGUGAAUAAAGCAUAUCUUUAUUAAUAUAGACACAACUGUUGUUAUACAUAUAUUUUUUUAACUGUUUUGUUUCUCUUCUUCCUUUGUUUUCUCUUUUCAUUUUUUUUCUUAGAGCCAGAAGUAUCCAUGAUAGUCUCUCAGAAGUCUGAUAAUAUCUCAAGCCAUAAUGAACAAGAUCUCCCUUUAGAUAACUCAAUUCAUAGGUGAGUAACUUUUGAAAUACGUAUCCUGCAUUUUAUUAAUGGAGCACUGUCACCUACAAGUUGAAGCUGUGAUUUUGUAUAUCUUGUUUUUGAUAUACUUUUUGCUUUAAUCUUUUUUUCCCCCACUGACUUAUUCUGCCUUUGCAGUGCCUUGUAAAGUUAAGAAGGUUGCCCAGGGCUUUAGGGAUGAUGCUAUCAAGAGUCUUAUCCAUACAUUAUCAGCUCUAGAAAUAUUCAUGUUCUAAUGUUGUGGUUGUCUCCAAAAAUGUUUUCAAUUUCCUGUAGAUAUUAAAUUAGGAGAACAAUCCCUUGCCAACUUGCCUUAAUUUUUUUUCUUCAAGACCGUGAUUGCUGUAGUAAGCGUUGAUCAUCUAUUUUGAACAAAUAUGUAUUCCACUCUGUUAAAUUAAUUCAUGUCAUGGGAAUGGGAUGUCUGCUCCCUGGCUUGAGAUUCAGGUCCUGUCCCAUUACCUCCCCUUUUAAAACCCAGGAACCCCUGCAGGAAUGCCUGUACCCAAAUAUUAUUUUCUUGGGAGGCAUGUUUUGAGUAAGAUCACUUUUUUCAACUUGUCAGCUCUUUUCCUAUUCCCCAUAAAUAUCAGUUAAUGUUGACGGCAGAUCGAAACCAAAUACACUAUAUUGCACAUUUUGCAGGAUAUAUGUACUCGGCAAUGUCUAGACAAGCUUGAGGCAGAUACUGAAAAAAAAUUACAUUUUGAAUUGGGUUUUACAGCACAGUGUGUUAACUUUAGACUUUAUUCUAUCCUUAAUCAUACACAUGAAACUGUUUCAGGCAAGUAAGAGAUUAAAUACACUGCAAUACGGGAACUUUUAAAAUGUAGGCUAAUUUUUCCAGUGGUGUGUAGGAAGGCUGCGAGAGUGUCAUCUGGGGAGGUGUGACUGGGGCUACAUAAACAAAGUAAUUUAACUCCUAAAUGUCAAAAUGUUAAGCAGUGAGACUGCAGGGGCAUGAUCUAUACACCAAAACCACUCAAUCCAAAGGAGCUCUGAUUUUUCUCUCUAGUGAAGCUUUGUAACACAAAUUUUAAUAUCAAGGAAACUGUUUUUUUUUUCUCUUCUUCUUUUAUAUUUUUAAUGAGGUAUAUGCAAAAAAAUUCAAAUAGCUUAACUCACCCCAACCUUUAGUGUAUGACCAUAUCAAUCAGAUAUAUAUAUAUAUAUAUAUGCCGCAUGGGUCAAACAGUGUUUGAAAGUCGAUAUUCAGUGUCCUAUAAUCUUUCCUGCUUCUGUGCCAGUUGUCCUUUAAGAUGGAACACACUUUAGGCAGGACUUUUCUAGAGAAGGACAUAACUGAAAUGUAUUCUUUCCUUUUUUUAUGGUAUAUAUCGAUUUUAUAUGUUAAAUGUAUAAUGUUCCAAAUAGAACACUUUAGAUUUUGAAGCUCAUCAAAUGUUUUCAAUCAGUCUUCAGCUAAAAUAUCUUCUCUACACUGAAUUCCAUUCUGUAACAAACCCAUUUAAACUCAAAGCUACUGGAAAAAAUAACUUUGACAUCAGACAUACUACCUUUCUGAUGACUGUUGCUGCUGCCAGAAGGGCUUUGUUCUUUCACAUGAUGGUGAGAGUCCACAAGUCAUAAACAUGGGAUGUAGGUCCAGCCCACAGGAGAAUGCAGAAAAAAAAUUAAAGGAGAACUUCCAAUCUCAACACUCUUGUACUGUAAUGAUCAUUUUAUAAAGUUUUUGAAAAGAAAUUGUUCCUUUGUUAAAUUAAGUAUAUGUAAAAAAUGAAAGACAAAAAUAAAAAAACUCAUUCCUAUCUUUGGUAUAAUACUGGAUCAUUCAGCCAUAUGCAUACACCUUGGGUCAGACCAUGUUUGAAUUUGUCAAACAGUCUGUCACUGUUACGCUUACUUGAUUUAAAACCUAAUAUUACUUUUCAAAACUUGAUAAAAGGAUGAUUAUAUUAAAAACAGUCUUGAGGUGACUGUUGGCCUUUAAAGCGGUACUCCUCCCUCUAUAGCUGCUCCUGUCGUCAUCAAUUCUGUUUUGCCUCCUCAUUAAAGCUUUAAACUGCUGAACACAACCAAUGAAAAUCUUCAAAAUGUAAUGGCGUGAUGAAAAAUAUAGUGGUGUGUGAUGAAAUAAUUAUAUAACCAUCACCUGUGGAAUAAUCAAACAAUUCCACAAAGUACAACAAAACAAGGUAAAAAGGGUAAACCUACAUAAACCAUGCAGAUAUACCCUCCUUCUGAUGGUAUGGGGAGGCUGCAAGACCAGAAAUAAAUAAUUUAUUGUGCAGGUUAUCUGUACAAGUUGAUCAACAUAGGCUUGUAUAACAAAUGUGUACACACCCAUUUUCUUGAGCCUCUAUAUACCCCCUUAAGUUUAUGCGUUAAAGACAGAGGCAAUUGUACAAGUUCUAACCAAAACAAAACCUAGAAUUUUGAGCUACACGUUUGUGCAACCAUAAUUUGUCUUUCGUAUUAAGUGCACCCACACUUAUUUUAUAUACAAUUUUGUUCAGGAGAAAUGGGACGUUUAUUUCACAUCAAAUAUUUAUAUAUUUUAAAUAAUUGUAUGAAUAAAAGCUUAAAAAGUUUAAAAAAUAAAGAAUUGUUAUGUUCAUGUCAUUUUAACUGUGAAUGUCAGAACACUGUUGGCUUUUUCUGCAAUAAAAAUACACAUCUUUUAUGCUGUGAUGUCCCCCGAUGAAACAGUGCCCCCUGUGUACAGGAAUAAUGCGUCAUUCCUAGUGGUAAAAAAAUAUGCAUUCUCCUUAAAGAGAGCCUGUCAACUCUACUAAUUCUACUGUCUCUUCGCUUUAUUCUUAAAGGGACACUCCAGGCAGCUAAAGAAAGUGUAGCUUAAAUUAAAGCUAAUAGGCUCAAAUACCUGUGGUUAGUUUAUUUUCUUUCAAGUCUGUGUAGUUUUCCUGUAAUGUUGUAAAAUGUCUUGCUGCUUUCAGCAGUGUAACCCAGCCUCCUUAGCCACCCCUCUCAAGUUUCACCAUGUUCCUGAUUCCCAGUCUCUGAAAGAAGCAAACCUUUGUGAGCCACCCUCCCUUCCCACUGUUCACUCCUUCCCUGAGUGAUGCAAAUUUCAUUGCCUUCUUGAUUUACCUUACCGAUCUUUUUGUUUUUUUAGUAAUUGACUUUUUUUUUGUAGUUGCUACGAUGGAAAUUCCUUUGAAUGUAGAUGGAAAUUGCAUUUAGUAAAUCGUUGCAAUUUCAAUUUAAAUGUGGAGGCAAACAACAAUAUGAAUACACCUUUCUGUUGUAUUGUCAUUGCAAUUAGGUUACUUUAUGUGUUAAGUGCAUUACUACUUCUUAUACUGUAUUUUAUGUUUGCUUAAUGCUGUAACAACCUUUUUUGUUAAUACAAAUGUUUUUUUUUAAUACUAGGUAAAAAUCUAAUUUAUAUAGGUACAACAUCAGUCUUUCCUUUUAUACACACAGACUCGCGAACACAAUUCUCUCCCAUAGUAUAAGGAAACUCCUAAAAAAACAUAAUGAUAUAUAGCAGACAAAAGGGGUCUCUGCAACAAUGGGACAACAACCUUCUGGAAAAACAAGGGGAGGGGGAACCCCAGCAAACAAAUACAUUACACACCCUAUACCCAUAAUAGGCACAGGAAGACUAAAACAUAGUAGUAAUCUGGAAAACUCCAUGAAGUGUGUCUUCAGCCCCCCCGUGAUGGUGACUACCGUCACACUUAUUCAUAUAUAUCUCCCCCCUAGAGCACUUUAUACAUUUUGGGCAUUUCUUUUACAAGUCUCGCUAACAGGAAUGUAAGUUAUGUGAUUACUUUAUUUAUAUAUAUAUAUAUAUACUAAAAUCUUUCAAUAAACUCUUCAUUUUGCCAUAUGACUAAAUGGCAAUUGUGCGUUUGGUUUUGUUUACUCUAAAUCCUAUAUUUUUCUGUUCUAUGGUAAAGUUAUUUCAACAUUUUUCAGCAUGAAAAACCUAGAUCUGAAUUUAUCAGAGCUGGAUGAACAUAACUGUCCAACAGUAUUUGGAAAUGCCCAUAAGAAAAAAAGAGUGAGCAUCACACACUUUGAGAGAGGUGUAGAAGAAAGGCUACCUCAAGUUCAAGGUACAGUUUCUUUUUUUCAUUCAUUUGAAUUAAAUGCUUUUGCCUGUGGUUAACAGUAGUAAAAUGCUGCAUAUCCAACGGUAUUAAUCCUGUGCUGCAAGACUGUUGUAAUCAAGUUUUGAAUUGCUUUCAGUUGUUUCCCAUACUCCCGCUGCAUUCCCACAAACAUUGUUCCUUAGAAUGGUGGAAGAUAUGCUAUAUUCAGACUGUUAUAGACUAGAAAGCCUAGUAAAGGUCAGUGUUUCGCCUUUAUUAGGGAUAGUGCUUCGUCAGGGACCACUAUAGUAAUAGAAUCGCGUGGAAUUGUGUUAAACACUUGGUUCAACAAGUGUGUAGGGUCGGUAGCUGUAGGGGACCUUGUCGUCAAACUCUGCUCAGUCUGAUAGGUAGGACUCUUGUCUAUCUGUAUCGGGUGUAUACAGCACUCCUGGCUCUUCCUACAGCAAUAAAUCUCAUGCUGCAGAUAGCAUGUAAAAGUGUUUAGGUACACUCUUUCAAACUCAACCACUUUCCUUUCAGACUGCUCUGGGAUGUAUGCCAGUAAGGCAAGCAGGUAAUAAACUGUGUAGCAAAUGUGUCUAAACUAGCAUAUUACUGAUCACGGGUACAUGCCAAUCCUUAUUGGUUAGUGUUCAAUCUAGGAUCUUUUGCUGUUAUAAAAAGAUACAUAAAUAUUCAGUGUAUAUUCUAUAGGCAUUACUCAAAAAGAUUCACUUUAACUCGUUUAUCAGACUUUGUAAGAAAAAAAUUAAGACCUCUUUAAAGGAGUACUAUAGGGUCAGGAACACAAAAAUGUAUUCCUGACCCUAUAGUGUUAAAACCACCAUCUAGCUACCCUCGUCCCCUCAUGCCUCCCUAAACAUAGUAAAAUCUUACUUGUAUUCAAGUCUGGAUCUGCUUACUUUGUUUCCUCUUGACCUGCCCACUGCCUGCUGACCUCAUCAGAAGUGGUAGCCUGAUCCAAUCACAGUGCUUCUCCAUAGGAUUGGCUGAGACUGACAAAUAGGCAGAUGAGGGGCAGAGCCAACACAAUUCAAACACAGCCCUGGCCAAUCAGCAUCUCCUCAUAGAGAUGAAUUGAAUCAAUGAAUCUCUGUGAGGAAAGUUCAGUGUCUGCAUGCAGAGGUUGGAGACACUGAAUGUUUGGAUGCAUUUUAGGCAGCCAUGACUCAGGAAGGAUCUCUAACAGCUAUCUGAGGAGUGGCCAGUGAAGUUAUCAGUAGGCUGUAAUGUAAACACUGCGUUUUCUCUGAAACAAGCAGUGUUUACAGCAAAAAGCCUGAAGGUAAUGAUUCUACUCAACAGAACAAAUGCAAUAAGCUGUAGUUGUUCUGGUGACUAUAGCGUCCCUUUGAUCACUUCUUUGCCAUGGGCUUCUAUGUAAUUUAAAAAUCUUUUGUUUGUCCUGCAAGCUCUUUGCAGCAGAGGCCACCAUGAACUGACAGACACAACUUGUCCACAAUAACAUCUCCAAAGAUUUAAUUCACAUCACAGGUUAUAUUGUGUACUGUAACAAGGCAUGCUUUUAUUCUUUUCCAAUCUGAUGGUUACACCUGGUCUUGAUGUAUAUAAAUGAUAGUAAACGGUGGGUCAGGAGUAUGGAUUUUCCUGCCGCUACUGGGCAUAUCGGCAGUAUGGAGGGUGUUUAAUUAGGACUUUACUGCUCUUACUAUGCAAAUAGCAGUAAGGUAGUGGUAUUUAGGAAAGAAGGUAUAAAGUCCAAACUUGUAAACAACCAAAAAGCUUACUAUGCUAAAACUUUGAAACUUAUCUGGGUCUUUAUUCACAAACAUAUUAAAUAUCAAAAAGCAUAAAGAAAAUCAAAUUUCAUCACUUUUGAAAAAAAAUUUUUUUUUAAAUUUUACAAUUUAUUUUUGUCGUGUAUAGUGAUACAAACUGGCUUGCAAAGCCACAACAGCUAGUGCAAACUUUCAUAAAACAUAGCAGCACAUUAACAUGGCAUUUCGGCAAUACACAGUGCACAUUUUAAAAUAGUAAAGUAUCCAUCAGACUUUUCGUCCCUUUCUACCAUUAUAUUAUCACUUCUUUUAUGGGGGGGAGGGUAGAGGCUGAUGGUCACGUUUGUGUUCUCCUAGGAGUACGCUAUUAUACCUCCUCUCUCCUUAUCUGCUUAUGUGGUGAGACUAUUUUCCCGAGUUCGGGAAACUGCUUUGACACCGUAAAGCCAAAGGGAGAAUGUGGUCAAUUACAAAAUAAAGAACACUUCAUAUAACAUAGCUAAACUAAUACAAAACUGAACUAGUCCCAGCCCUAGGACUGCAACGGGUUUCCCUAGGCCAGUCAAGUCACUGAGUCCUGGUUUUAUCCGCCGCCUGCACGGUUAAGGCCCAUGGAGCGGUCCACCGAUAUGGUAUAUUCGCUUCUUAUAGCCUCCAGGUUAUAGGCCGCAUGGUUGUGCGCCAUUGCAGGGUAGAUUGGGUAAGAUCCUGUUAAAAAGUCAAUUGGUGCGACUCAAAUGACAAAGGUGUUUUGCCUCUUAGGGCUUGCAUGAAUUGUUGCUUGUCGGCAAAGGAUUGGAAUCUCACAAUAAUUUCCCUGGGGGUGGCCUUGUGCGCUCUUGGCGACUUCGUGAUCCGGUACACCCCAUCCAGGACUACUGACCUCACCUGUUUGGCAAGUAGUGCUGUGGCUAGCAGUCGUCGGAUCAUGUGUGGAUACUCUUCUGCAUUCACCUCGUCAGAGACCCCUCUGAAUUUAAGGUUCUUUCUGCCACCUUGUGGUUGGUGGUGGCCUGCAGUGCUUGUACAGUCACCUCCAAUGUGGCGAGGCCCUGCUUGAGGCCCGUCACCUCCUCUUCUGUGGUCUCCGUGAUGGCAUGCACCUCUUCCUUUACUAGCGCUAUGUCUGCAUCAAACAGCGUGCAUAUUCGUUUGUAUAGGUCUGCCAUGUCUUGUUUCGUGGAGGGUGUUGAGUUUGGUGCUGCUGCGGGUAUUUUUGAGCCUGAUGGGCUUGGUAGACCUUGCUCGAGGUGGACUGGCCUCUCCGUCUGACAGGUCCGUCGAGGCCUCUCUGUCCACCUGCUUCAGGAUCGGAGUGCCUGUUGGUAAUUGCCGAUGUCUCUCGUCCCGGGGGUUGUUACGGCCAGAGUCUUUGGUUUUGUAUGUCCUAUCUCCGGUAAAGUAUUUACCGUGACAGGUGUGGGCGGGAAGGGAGAACAGUCGUCUAGGAACUCCACGUGUCUCGCAGAAAACCACAGGUUGCUGAGUCUGUGCAUCCGCCAUUUCUUGUGGGUCGAUUUUAACUUGCGAUCCGCAGAAGAAAGGCAUGUAUGUGCUCCAUGGGUUGUCAUCCAGUCUCAGGUAGCACUGCUGGGGGCCGAUGUAGCUUAGUUUGGUCGAUUAUUGUGAGAUUCAGAAUGUAGGACCCGGAGCAGUAUGAAAUGUCAUCUACUCAAUUUGGCUGCUUGGCUCCGCUCCCUUGAAAUUGUUUUUGAUGGAUCUGGUGUGAAUACCAUCCUAUGAUUUAUUUUGUAUACCUGUGUAUCUGAAAGCAAAAGUGGUAAAACCUAUUUUCACACCAGGACUCAUGUAAUCUAUACACCCAAUUACUGGGAAUCUAGGCUUCCGUGAUCCAGAUUUCCUUUUUUUUACUUUAAGAUAAUACUAUAUUUUUCAACUUUUUGCUCAUUGCAUACACUAAAAAUUUGAGAGAGAAAUAAUGGUCAAAAUCUUUUGAGUAACAAGUAUUGAACAGAAAUACCUACAAGGUGUAAAUACAAUUUUUAGAGCAAAAAUAUACAUGAGUUCUGUGCAUACUGUUAUUAUUGCUACAAGGUGUAAAUAAGGCUGUGAGACUUUAUCGGUAUGUUUUUCACGAAAGAAGUAAUGCGGAUCUUUUACCUUCUGGGUUCUUUGCAAAAUUUACCAAAACCCCCAAAAGUGACUGCUACAGUGGGUGCAGGCAAGGUGAGUUGUACCCUUUUGACCACUGCCAAAGUUAACCUGCUGGUCGUCUUCAGUCUCUCACGAGCCAUCUGUCAGAAGCCCACACAUGAGAGUACAACACUGUCUGUGGAAAUCCUGUGACACUUGAUGCUGAACUAGAAGCAUAUCUGACUUAGAGAUUGUUUGCAGUUUGGCUGUUUUUACCUUCACAUUUGAAAUCCACUUUAAACUCUCACUAUAUUAAAUAACUCUGUCAGCGUUGGAGCAGACUUCACCUCUAUACGCAUUUCCUGAUAAAAAUCUAUGCGUAAGCCUAUGCAUCCAAGAAAACCUGCCCACCUGUAAGAGUGGGCCAUCACUUUUUCAUUCUGGUAAACACUAGAAUAUAUGCCAGUACCUUCACUGUACAUAGUUGAGAAUCUCUUUACACCAUUAGGAAAAAGGAUAGCCACUUGUAAGGCCACAUGUUGGCAAGGGAAAGAGCAGUUGUCUGCUGAUUAGUUUUAGAGGGUGUCCAUACAUCUCUAUCCUAUUUUGUUUCCCGUGGCUUCUGAUCCUAAUAUUUGUCCUGUGGUCACAUAUCCAAGCAAUCUAAAAAUAUUAUGUCCAUAUAGCCUACUAUACCGCUCUGCUUCAGUUUAGCAAAGCUAACUCUGAGAGCCAUUUCCUGUUUAAUGCUGAGCUAUCCUUUAUGAAUUGGCUUAAUUCCUUUUUUGUGGACAGGGGGUUCAAAAUCUUUGAUAGCGUAUUUAGUUGUGUGCAAAUCCACUUUGCCAUAUGAAAGCAAUGCAAUAAUGUAAAGCAAGUUAUAUCUAUCUGGCUUAUGUUUCCAUAGAAAUCCAGUCAAUGUAACACCUAACAAAACAAAAAAAGAGGUGGAAAGAAUAGACACCCUUCCUAAAACAAGACAAUAGAGUGCUAAUAGUAGAAAUACUUCAUAUUCAAUAAAGAUACAUGACACAACAGUGGGAACGCACAAAUCCAAAUGUGCAAAAACAGGAGCCGACUAAUCCAUUCCAUGCUUAAUGUGGUACUUACGCUUAGAAUAUGAGUAACUGCCUGUCAACUCACUCUUUCAUAACAGUUCUAAGUAACCUGUCUGUUCCCUUCUGCCGCCAACCCUUUUCCGUUGGCAUGUUGGUUUUCUUCUUUUUUUUACCUUUUUUUUUUUUUUUAGGACUAUCCCGAUUUUUGUCAAUACGAAAGCUAAUUUAUGAAUUCACUAUAAUUUUUUCCUGAUUGUGUAUGACUAAUCUGUAAUUACAUCGAUAUUGGUAUCAUCUUUAUCUUGUCUACUGAUAUGUAACUUUUUUUCCUUCCUUUUAUAAAAUGUAAUAAAGAUUUAUAAACUAAAAUGAGUAACUGCCACGUUAUACACAAAAUGGUGAUGGGACUAUUUUUCAGAACCGUUAGCCAAGUUUUCCCUUUAUGCCCUUUUCUAGAGUCCUACACAUAAGCAAGGUUAUUCACCAAACUCCUGAUUUUAGCAAAUAACAAUCUGAAUGCAAUAUCUAGGAUAAAGUAGCAAGCUGUUACUAUAAAAGAGUUGGGAAAUAUUUCCAGGACCGGUAUCUUGGCCUCAAUUUUCCCAUUGAGAUUUCAAUUUGCUACAAUUUGGAGUAAAAUGAAUAACUUCUGGGACAUUGUUACUUAUUUUGCUUCCCCACUGCAAGGAUUUGUCUGUUCUCAUUCUGGCUUGUUAUUAUAGACGUCUGACCCAGUUCUUCAUGAAUAAAAGAUAUCACUGUUAAGUUAUACACCUUGAAACUGCAUUUCUUUUGAUAUUGAUGCUUCUUUCACUGAAUAGAAAAGCCAUACAGAUCUUAUGCGACAACAUGCUAUAAACAAUGUGAGACGUACGUUUUAAAUAACAUGUUUGAUCUGCAGAGUUAAGUAAACCUUCAUCUAAAACCUUAAAAAAACAAGAUCUAACCGUAUCUGCCACCUGAAUAAUCAAUUGAAAAAAGGACUAUGAGAAUAGGAAAAACUGCACUUUUGCCAAGAAUACUAAAACUUAUUUAAAAGCAUAUGUUUAUAAUUAUAUAUGUAAGGUUGCAAAACCGAGCCAUCACUGUACAAUGAUUAACAUUAAAAAAAUUUUUUUCAGAGAACAGCCUAUCGAAGACAGCAGAACAAAUUGAAAAUCUGGCGGCCAUGGCAAAUCAGUCUGUGGUACCAAGGUGACUAAUCUUAGAGAGCUAGGUAUCUAGCCAAAUUACAUGUUGCAUAAACAAAGACAAAUGCGUUUUAUUAUCCUUUCAUUCAUGAAAUAUCAAACCUUUUCAAAUCUCAAAAUAUGUAUAUAGGCUGCAUACCUUUCUUCUUACUUUUAUUUAUAUAUAUUAUAAUUUGUAUUUUUUGUUAAAGUGUGUAUAUACACACACACACACACACACACACACACACACACUCACACACACAAAAUCAAUCAAUGGUGAUUGAGGCAUACAUCAAGUGUAUAAUUUUGCUUCAGUGGUAUAGGACAUAUACUAUUCGUCGAUACAGAAAUAAAAAUGAUGUGGACAGUCUCGGGAUCUGUUUCUUUACCAGUAUUUAAUAUAAUUCUAUUAAGAUUAUACCGCGCCUUUUUUCAUAUUUUUUUUUUUUUUUUUUUCUAUUUCUGUAGGAUUUUUUUUCUAUAAUAAGAUACUAAUCUUAUAUUGAUUUCCUUUAUUGAGACAAAGGGUUAUAUAACAACUUUUAACAUAUAUAUAUUUAUAUGUAUAUGUAUGUAUAUGUAUAUAUAUAUGUGUUAACAGUUGUUUUAUUAGGGUUACUCUCUGUCUAUGAGGGUUUAUCCCUUACAUGUUUUUUUUUUUUUUUCCUUGUGUUCUUUUUGUCAAAGCCUAUUUCAUCUUAGGGGUUACCCCCCUUACCAUUAGAGUAACCUGACACCCUCUCCCUAGAAGGUUUUCCUUGUAUCAUUAAGAAUAAUAUCAAAGAUGUUCUAUAUCUUAUCAGAAGGCUUGCUUAACAAUAAAUCAUGUGUAUGUGUACUAUUGAGUAACUUAUGAAGCUCUCAACAAUUCCACUCCUCAUUACAUCUCUUUGACAAAUUAUUCUUGAUCCAUUUUCUCUGCUGGUGACCUUCCCUCGUCCUCUAUUUGUUCCAACGUUGCUAAUUCUUAUCUUCAGGACUUCUCAAGGGCCACAUCAUUUUUAUGGCAUGCUCUCAAUUGUCUAACAUUUCUCUCAAGAGCUUUAAAGAACUAGUCUAAGCACCAGGACUUGAAGUGGUCUUGAUGCCUGGAGUCUAAAUGUUCAGUGUUCUAUGAAGUGCUGCACAUACAGAGUUUAGCCCAUUUUCUACCAGAGCUGUUACUUAAUCUCCUGCAAAGUCAUUGAGGCAUUGUUAGUUCCAUCAUUAGACCAUGAGUUCCAUGUUCGCUAAUGUCAGCUCUGUGCAUAUUUGAUGACUCACGUCUGCAUGUUGGCAACCGAUAUCCAGAGACGACAUAGCCCCUCUCCAUGCCACCUAUAUCCUCUUCUUAGUCUGUCCUUCCUAUAGGCAGGCUAUAUUAUUAGCCUGGCAUUAAUAAAGAUUGCACAUUUUUAUAUAGGGGUUACAAGUGGGGAACAGUAUCCUAAUAAUGAAUGUCAGUAGGUAGUUAAACAAGAUUGUGUGGUGGUCAAGCUAUACUAACUGACACAGUCAUCACUAGUACUGAGUGUUUUAAUACGCAGGAAUGUGAAUGUCUACAGUUCAUAAACUUUUUGUAAAACAUAGAAACAUAGAAUGUGACGGCAGAUAAGAACCAUUCGGCCCAUCUAGUCUGCCCAAUUUUCUAAAUACUUUCAUUACUCCCUAGUCUUAUCUUAUAGUUAGGAUAGCCUUAUGCUUAUCCCACGCAUGCUUAAACUCCUUUACUGUGUUAAAACCUAUCCAUUCAGGCAAAGGUAACCAGCCUUCAUUGCCUCUGCAGUAUUGUCGAUUUAUUUCUAAAGUACAUUUAAAACCAAUGCUUGCUAAUACAGAGCAUGACACGUUGUUAUAAAAGAAAAUCAGGGUUAAGUCACGCUAUGCACAUGUCUAGGGUGUUGGAUUACUAGCAAAUCAUUAAUCUGUAGAUAUCGGAUAGUCAUAUUGAAGACUGGCUACAAGCUAUGCCGUGAUUGAGGGUGUGUGACUGGUGUGAGUUGUAAGCCAUCAUUUGAGUAGUAAGAGAUUACCACGAGGAUGCCUAACAAUUAAACACUUAAACACAUAAAAACGAUUGAACAGUUAGGAACAUUAACGCUUUGAAGGUUGUUGUAAAGUUCUCUCCCGCUGUGAAUCUCAGUUAGGGAGGCUGCGUGUUGUUCUGGUCAGCGUCUGUCGUGGCAUAACGGUCGAUUUAAGUGGGCCAGGUAGCGUAAAUAGUCUAGGUGUGGAUCGGUACAAAUCAGUCCGUGAGAGAAGAGCGUGACGGUAACGGAAAUGUCCAGGCUGCAUAUUCGUGGUCGAUCACCCCAUCUCUUGUCUUGGUACCUGGCUUGUUCGGGGUGUGAGAGUCUCAAUGGCCCUGAUCUUGUUGUGUUGUUUUCCCCAUACUUGAGUCGGGCUCCGGUUCCUGCCGGUCCGGCUGCGUACAGCUCCUCUGCUGGCUCGGUGCAGUGCCGGCUUGCUCUUGAAGCCUCAUGCUCUGGAGGUGCGAGAUGUGCGCCGGGAGGCUCACCCUUGCUGCUUUUGGGCUCUUGUAAGUGCCCGGGGGUUGGUUGCGUCACCUCCGCUGGUGUAGAGUGCGUGGCGUGGAGGUUGCAUGUUUAGCAGGUCGUGAGUGGCAGGGUUCGCAGUGAGCUGUCGCCCCAUUCCCUCUCCUCUCGUUGCUCUUGCCUGAGCGAGUUUGCGCCAGAAGUUGGCGAAGAUUUCAUCCAGGUGCUUCAUGGAAGUCGCAGGGCUGCCUUCACAUGGCACGUCCGCCAUUUUGGGACGGCUGAUUGAAAGGCCUCCGCUUACUAGGGCUUCUGCAGGAUUACAUAGGCCCCCUCUUUUCGACGGACAGUCGAUUAUAUACCGGGAUGUCCCUCACCGGUAAGGGGGGAGGAGGGUAUGGAGAACGGGGAGUCCGAUCGCCUCUCCUCGUCAUUCAGAGUGUCAGCAAGGAGAACGGCCGUUUCUCACCAGCUGCCUCCACCAAUAUUUCUCUGAGAUGCGUCGAGGUAAAAUCCCAUUCGAUCAGUAAUAUGCCGUAGACUGUGGCUCAGGGUGUCCUUAGCAGGAUUUGUCAGACUUGCUUGGGUAUUGAGUCAGUUUAUCAGCUUUUUCUCAUAGUUUAGCCAGGAGCUCACUUCAUGUGCGACCGCUCAGAAUGGCAGUUAGGCCCCGCCCCAUAAAUGAUUUUUUUUUUUUUUUUUAAAUGUAUAUUACAGUUAGCACUUUAUGAAGGCUGAUUUACACACACAAAAGAAUCAUUUUGGAAAGACUGAUAAGGUUAAUAUGAAUUAUCCGCCUGGACAUUUUGUUGUAAAGAUGUAUUUAUUUUUUAAUGGUUUUUAACAUUAAUUUUGUAGUAUACAUUCCCUUUUUUUUUUUUUAUAUAUUGAAAAUCCUAAAUUUUGACCUAUUGACAUAAAAAAAACUGCAUAUGAUAAAUAUUUUUGUUUUUUAGGACACUUAUGACAGAUUUGUGCACCCCUGUUGUUGCUGAAUUGAUAAGUCAAGGAGGUAAAGGUGGUUUAAUAAGGAGGCCAAAAAAGUUUCAUCUGGUUUCUUUAGAAGACUUUGAACAAGGAGUGGAAAACAACUAUCAACAUUUGAAAGGUUAUAGCAUUGAUUUUGGAAUAUUAUUGUUUUUUACAUAAUGGGGCAAAUGUAUAAUGAAUAAGUUACAUUUUUAUUUUAACUAUUGGUUUUGGGGUUUUAACAGUUGCUUUCGUUUGAAUGUGAGCACAGAGUUGAAAGUUUGUCAUUAAAUUUAGCUUAUCUCCUCUGUUAACAAAAAAGUACCUCUACAUCUUUCACUUAUGCACUUUGAUAACGGAUGUAAAAAGAAUGCAUACCAUUAACCACCUCCCUCACCUUGGCCAAUUUUUCGCCGGUGAGACGUUUUGGCAGACAUUGAUCAUAACAGACCUAAAUAGCUAAGUGGCAAAUGCUUACAUUCUAUUGUAAUAAUUUUAUUUGUGUCUUGCCUUAUUUACAGAAUUGUGUGUAUUUGUCCAUUUCAUUUUUGUCUCUUUGGCCAAUCUUUUAUUAUUGUAGACUUGGUGAUAAGUUAAAUUUCAGAUCAAAUGCCAGCUCACUAGCCAAGCAACCAUAGACUUUGUACAGUGGAACUGCUUUGACAUUUAUAUAUUUGCCCAUACAAUAAUAUCAUAAAGAGCUGUUUCUCGCUUUUCCUUUUUAUCCUUUUGUAUAAAUCUUUAGGCAAGUAUCUGCAUAUACUAAUGCAAUUGAUUACAUGUUUAUUCAUUAAGCUGUCAUUGGUACAGAACUCGCACUUUAAAUUUAAUUGUCAAAAAUUCAGUGUCUAUUAUUGACUAUUUCAAUCUUUGUGUUACAUUUUUACUUAUACUUUGUGUCAAACAGGUUCUCAAGAAUGUUUUGUAGAGUCAACAGAGGGAGAAGAAUCUGAUAUAUCAUCAAAUGAGAUGGCUGGGAUGAACACAGAAUUAUAUGCACAUCCUGUAAUCAAAAAACAAAGCAUUGUUACGGUUUACCCUGAACAAGAAACAAUGAAGAAAGAACUUGUAUCAAGCAUUGAUGGAAGAAAUGAUUCUGUAAAUGAAUUUAAUUCUGAUUUUCAGUUACUUAAUGUGCAUGUUUUAUUUGUACAGGAAGACCCAGAUCAACAAGAAACGGAUGUGUCUCAAGGGAUGGAGGGAGACAAUGAACCUCAUACAAGUGCAGUAGAAGGACCUCACUAUGUGCCUGAAGAGAUUAAUGGUGAAGUGGUUCUCAAAAAUGAAGAACUUAUUUUCACAGAGAGUCACAUCCAAACAUCUAAUAUUUUACUUGGUGAAGCAGGAGAAACGUCUCAUACUUUACCUGCCAAAGCAGGAGAAACAUCUAAUAUUUUACUUGGUGAAGCAGGAGAAACGUCUCAUAUUUUACUUGGUGAAGCAGGAGAAACGUCUCAUAUUUUACUUGGUGAAGCAGGAGAAACGUCUCAUACUUUACUUGGUGAAGCAGGAGAAACGUCUCAUAUUUUACUUGGUGAAGCAGGAGAAACGUCUCAUAUUUUACCUGGUGAAGCAGGAGAAACGUCUCAUAUUUUACCUGGUGAAGCAGGAGAAACGUCUCAUAUUUUACCUGGUAAAGCAGGAGAAACGUCUCAUAUUUUACCUGGUAAAGCAGGAGAAACGUUGAAUAUUUUACUUGGUCAAGCAGGAGAAACAUCGAAUAUUUUACUUGGUCAAGCAGGCAAAACAUCUAAUAUUUUACUUGGUGAAGUAGGAGAAAUGUCUCAUAUUUUACCUGGUCAAGCAAGCAAAACAUCUAAUAUUUUACUUGGUGAAACAGAAGUGACAACUGUGCCUCAGACACUGGACUCUCAUGCCAAAGAUAAUGCAUCAUCAGUAGUUGACAUCCAUAUGCACAGAUUGUCUUCAUCAACGUUAGAAGAGCAGAAGGUUCAACAAACACCCGUAGAAAUGCAUGGCUUAAAUGACCAUUCUCUAUCAGAUGGUCAGGAGGACACUGGUAAGCAAUUCGUUAGUCACAAAUCUUUUUAUUUAAUUACUGCAGUGAGGAUGACAAGCUUGAGUGUGUGUUAAAUGACCAAAAUGGGGAUAAGCAGAACUGUUCAAGAAACCCAGAGUUUGUAAUAAUUAGGCUAAACCAACAAUGUAUUAAGUCAAAUCGACAUGUAAAGAUAUUCCCAAAUUGGGGAAGGUACAUUCUGUUUCCCUAACAGUUUUGGCCAAGUUCACAAAUAGUAAGUAGAGAUUCACUGUACACAAAAAUGUAAAGUGCAUGCCAAGUUAAUUAAAAUUAUUUACUUGAUUUGAACAUUAUUAAAGUAAAUGGAAAUUUUGAAAAAAGAUAAAACAUGCACUUAGUGCUCUCCUCUAUUAAUCCCCUUGACCAAUAGCAUCUUUUUUGGUAUAUAUUUAUGCUUUUUAUUAAUUCUGAGCCACUUUAUCUGAAGGUCUGUAAUGCACUGCAAUCCAUUCAAUUAAUUGCCUCUUCAUAAUUCUAAUUUCUUGAAUUGCUUUCCACACACACACAUUUUUCCUGUUUCUCUUCACCUUAAUUUUGCCUACGUUUUCUCUACUCCUGUGGAGUGAUUGGUGAUAUUACCCCUGGUUUUUUAUUUAAACUAAUGUGUAUAUUUGUUCUACUAAUAUAUGGUCUUAUGUCUUUGCCCAUGUAUAUGUUUUUUUUUCCCCAAUAUAUUAUGUUUUUUUGUUUUUGUUUUUUGACCCUUGUAAUUUUUGUCACAAACACUUGUUCAUUACUGUUGUUUUCUACCUACAUGAGGAAACACUAUUUAAUUUAGGGAUAUAUAUACAAUAAGGAUACUAUUUUAACAGUGAUUCAAAACAAACCUUCCCUUACUUUGAAACUGCUCACUCAGAACUCUGGAAGGGUCCUGGGCCUUCUCACAGCCCUGGAUGCGGAGAAGGCCUUCGAUAGACUAAAUAGAAAAUAUAUGCAACAUGUCUUGACAACAUUUUCUUUUUAAUCAUAAACUGUUGCUAUAUGCAGUUGGCAUUCUACUCACACUUUCUAAUCACAAUAGCCUUCUCCCCGAUCUGUUAUCCUUAUUAAGCUUAUAAUAUGAAAGUUUCCAAUAAUCUUUUAACAGUACGAAAACUCAGGUCCUCCCUCUAUCAACCUACACCAGUCCUUAGCUAAUAUAUUCAUGUAUGAUUGGAGAAUGAAUUACCUCACAUACCUGAGGGGGUUAAAAGUCCCUAAAACUAUGGCUAUGAUUUAUAAAUAGAACCACCGUCCCCUUUUACAACAAAUUAAGACCUACUUAUGUAGGGGAAAAUCAACUAAGUUAAGCUGAUGAAUCUACCAAUGAUACUCUUUUGAUCUCUUCCUGUGUCUAUUCCCAAAUCCUAUUUUAAUGCUUUUCAACAUCUACUAUCUACAUUCAUUUGAUCAGAAAGGCUGGCAGAACUGAAACGAUCACUAUUCACAAAUCCAACAGAGAUGGUGGGGCUCCGUUCUCCACUAUUAUUCUGCUGUGAUCCUCUCAUAACUUAUUAAUCUACUUGCUUUACCAGACAAAUUCUCAUCCCGAAAAUCAGUGCCCCUUUUUAUGCAUGACAAUACCUUACUGGCCUUAGCCACUGCCAAUUGACAUUGCACAUUGUUGCCUAGUUUGUCUAUAACAAUCCCCCCUUGUGUGGUGUUAUCCCUAAUUCACUACCAUUUAGGUUGUAAGUUGCUUGUGCAUAACUUUGCAUUUUUCAACAUUAAAUUUAAGCUGCAAUUUAAGUGUCCAGUUCCCCAAUCUAUCUAUAUCCCUCUGCAGCAAAGUCAUAUCUUGCUCACAUUGUAAUACUUACACCUAAAUGGUGGGUUUUCACUAUAGGGUCAGGAAUACAUGUUUUUGUUCCUGACCCUAUAGUGAUCCUUUAAAUAGAAACAGUCCUAGAAGAGAACCCUGAUGGACACCACCUACCACCUUUGUUCAGUUUGAAAAUUUACAAUUGACCACUCUCUGCACUCUAUCUUUAAGCCAAUAUUCUACGCAAGAACAAGAAUUUUCAUCUAGACCAAUUUCUUUGAGUUUGAACACUAACCUAUUGAGUGGAACUGUAUCAAAUGCCUUGUUAACAUCCAAGUAGAUUGUAUCCACUGCAACACCCUGAUGUAUAGUUCUAUUUAAUUCUUCGUAGAAUGCAAUUAACUUAAUUUGACAUGACCUAUGUUUCAUAAAACCAUGCUGAUUUUUGCUAAUAACAUUGUUGUCCUAAAUUAAAUUCUAAAUAUUAUCCCUUUCAAAUAACCUUUGAAAUGCUUUCCCAGCCACAGAAGUAAUGCUCACAGGUCUAUAAUAUCCACACAAGAGUGAAAGUGAGAGAGUGAGUGACUGAGCGUUAGUCAGAGACAGAAAUAGAUGUAUAGAUAGAUGGAAAUGUUGGUGUGAGUAUGUUUACAAUAUUUAUUUACAAUUUGUGUGUUUUUAUACAAACACUAUACAUAGAGAUCUCUAUAUAUAGUGUUUUCAUACAAACUUUGGCAUAGGAGGAGGGCGAGCAUAGACUGUGAGCUGUCCGGCUCCGCUCACAAACACGCACAUCCGCGGUAGAGCGCUCAGUUCAUAGAGCUACAUUCAAUUCCUACUCUAUGAAGAACGCGGUUGGUGCAGAGUCUGAGCCCUGCUAUUUCGUCUUUUAAAAAAAAAAAAUUAAAAAAAAAUUAAAUUCUUUUUUUGCUGUGCAUAUAAAUGGUACAAGCAGGCCUGAGGUGCCCCAAAAGCAUUCCUCCGGCUUUUCCUCGCUUAACAUGCGGGACAUAUGAUUAACAGGCACAAUAUAUAUAUUUUUUAUAUAAUAUAUAUAUUAUUUAUAUUAUAAAUUGGAGUAAUUAGCAUAGUCACAGGCUUAUCUGUCGUGUCUAGAUUAUAAGUAGGAGUUUGUCACCAUUAGAGAACUAUACGUAAUAAGAAUCCUACUCAAGUGCGUAUAAUAACGGGUUUGUCUAACAGGCUAUUAUUCGAAGGAGAGGUGUAUACAUAUUAAAGAUAUUUGUUCGUGCAUGAAACCACAAUCUGGCUUUCUACGCCACAGUAGCUGUAGGGAACCAUUCAGUGACAUAGUUUGACAAGGCAUGAGAAAUACUGAGUGCUCUUUUAAGUAAUAGAGAAAGUAGUAAGAUUAGCAGGUCAUUCAGGCAUUAGAAGUAAGUCAGUCAUAUCGUGAGACAUAUGUUUCCCUAGCCAUCUGUAACAGUAAUAUAAGUUUGUUUCACGUGUAGAGUACAAGCGAUGCGAAUAAUAAUGAUCUAACCGUCAGACGUGGUAACACAAGAUAUUAAGUUAAAAACAAACUGAACAAACGUAGUAGGUUCAAGGCAGGUGAUGCCAGCUGGGCCUUGGUUUGAAGCGUCGGCUUUGCAGAUUACAACUAAUAAAGGCGAGUGAGGUGUUUAUUAUGCAGAGUCAAAAGCAUAAUAAAACAGUCGUUUUGGGGCAUGCGUCUCAAGAAAUGUGGCAGUUCCGUUUCGGGGAUAUUUUCCGAGACCCCUCUGAGUUUGAGGUUGUUUCUUCUCUGUGUGUCCUCUAGGGCCGCAAAGCGACGUUCGUGUAGCAGGUUCUGCUGCUGCAGGUCUUGUACGGCUUGGUGAAGCUUGGCAAUAUGUUGGGUGCUCUUUGGGAAGUUCCCUCUAGAGCCCCAUUGCAACUGGUCAGCCCUUGGAAGUUGCUGCGUAUCGCUGUUAUGUCUAAGAUAUUCCUUUGCAGGUCUGCCAGCAAUGCCUUUAGGACCGAUGUGGUCACAGGUGAGUCCGACCCUGAUUUGUUGUGUUUCGUCACUUGUAAGGGAGCCGGUGCGGGCAUGGGUAAAUAGUCGCCCUCAGCGUCGCCAGAUAACUCGUCCGAGAAGUCUGAGCAGCCGCCAGAAAGCGCGGCCAUCUUGGGCCCGCUGGCGCUAUGUGCUUGCCUCCACAUGUCCGCAAUAGUAAGUUCUGGUGCGGGUUUGUCGUACGUUGGUCGCUUGGUCUUGCACCCCUUGUCGUUCAGGUCGACCCGGUGGGCUCUUAUGGUUAAGUUUCGGAGGUAAGGGUUCCAGAUUUCAUUCUUUUUUGCUAUAGCGAGCACGGAGCUACAGGCUUGUGCAUCCGUUCACCUCCGUGGUCAGGUUCCACCCCCGCUAGUUCGUCUUUUUGAUGAAAAAUGGGGCGGGGCGGGGCCUGGCGAGGAAUUCGUCGCUGGAACGGAGGUAAGUUUUAAUGAUAAAAAGCACUCGGCUUGAUUUUUUUUUUUUGCAAACUAAUAUAAAAGCAAGAAAGUAGGCAUGGAGACCUGUCUUUCUUGCUUUUAUAUUUUGACUAUAGUGCUCCUUUAACAAACACCCCCAUCCAGGUUUUCUGAGUACCUCCACUUUUUUUUUAUUUUUUUUAUGUGCUUUGGGAUUGGUUUGGCUCUCUUUUGCCAUCACUUUCUCAUUUUGUAGUUUAGUAGAUCGAAUUGCCUUUGGCUUGCAUCAUUGACUUCCUUAUAUCUGUUACAGGAUGCCUCUGAUUUGUUUGAUUUAAAUGCCUUUUUCUUAUUUUUAAUUUCUUGAUUUACUUUCCCACAAGACCACCUUGUUUUCAAUUUGUUUAUUUUAUAUAUUUUAUAUUUAUUACCCAAUGGUGCAUAGUGAGAAAUGUACCUUUUUAAUAUUUGUUUGAAGAUAUUCUAUUUAUCUUUCGGGUUUGUUUGUUUUUUUUAAUUAAAGAAUUUGUUUGUCACACACACGUGUUUGUGUGUGUUUGUUUGUGUGAGCAAGAGAUAAAAACUUGUAAAGUAAGUUGAGAUCUGAUUGAAAAUGAAACCCUUUUCCCCCCCUAAAUUUUCCCCUGUGAGAGCCAGGAGAUGUAUGACCAGGGCUGUAUAAACCGAAGCAAAAGUGAUUUAACUCCUAAAUGGCAGAGAAUUGAGCAGUGAAACUUCAGAAGCAUGAUAUAUACACAAAUAACUGAUUUGGUGACUAUAGUGUCUCUUUAAUCCCCACUCAUAUCUCAGACACUUUUGAGGUCUCACCAUGGCUAUUUUUCCAGAGACUACUCCAUUCGGGGGAAUAGGUUUUUCAACUCAUGUAAUUUUGGCAGUUAGGUACAUCCUUGAAAUUAAUUGGAAAAGCACUAGAACUACUCACUUAAUAGACUUAACCCCUUAAGGACAGAGCUUCAGAAGCUUGUCUUUCACUUAAUGACAACAGCAUUUUUUUUUAAACUUUUUGCUGUUUUCGUUCAACUGCAAUGUGCAUUUUACUAAUUUAUUGCACCGACACAUAUUAAAUAUAGUUUUUUUAAAGGACAGAAAGGGCUUUAAUUUGAUGUAAGACAUAUAUAUAAAUGUUUAUUUAUUAUAAAAAAAAUACAGAAAAAUGCAAAAAUAAAUUUGUUUUACAGUUUUUGCAAUAAUGUGUGCAUAAUUAGUGCAGAUUAAGGAAAGUAAUUAAAAAUAAAUUCAUUUAGUUCUGAUUUACAGAAUAUAUAACGUGUCUGGGAUUUUAAGUUUUUUUUGGUAGUUACAGGUCACAAAGCACAAGGAGUAAAAUAAACUUUUAAUGUGGAGCGAUUUUAGAAUUUGGUAUGUUUGUCUUGUAAGCUUAAUAUCCAUAAAAGAAAACAAAAAUUUCCACACAAAAGUGUAUAUUUAUAUAAAGUAGACAUCACGGGCUAUUUACCUAGAGUUGUUUUGACACUUUCUACGUAGCCAUUUCACCGCCAACCUCUGCUAAAUAUUGGAUUAAAAUUGUUUUGGUUUUUUUGUUUUUGGCACACAAACUUAUAACAAAGAAAUUCUCAUGUGUAUUUUGUAAAGUUGGUGUGUGCUAUUCCUGUACAAAAUUGUAUUUUGUGUUACUUCUGCUGAGUAAAAUGACACCCCCAUUGUAUUUCUUUGGCACUAUUUCGUGAAGUUAUAGUGCCAUAUAGGAGGCCUGUUCUUUUCAGUAUUCACAGUAGAAUUUUGAGAAACGGAUUUAAUGAGUCUAUGCUUCCAUUUGGGGUAUAACAGUUGGACUGUUCAAAAAAGGCCACAAAGGCCUACCAUUUGUAAAAGUAGACACUUCAGGGUAUAUCAUAAGGUGCAUAUUGUGUCUUAAAAUGCCCCCAUUUUUUCACCAACAUAUGCCAAAGUAUGUGGUAAAAAAUAAUUUUGUGCGUUUUUUUACACGUGGAUUGCAUUUUUGCUGGGCAUUUUGUAUAUUUGUGCCACUAAGUUCAAACCCCCCAAAUUAUGCUCAGCUAAGUCUUCUGCCCCAAUCUUUUCACCAAUAUAUGCUAAACUAUGUGAGUUUGCACAGUAUAUUUUGCAAACCUUAUGUGUGCUACCAGUGUAUAAUACUUUAAAUGUUGCUCAGCUACGUUGGCUGAGUACAGCAAUACCCCCGUAUGUACCUUUGCCAGGUAUUUGUGGACAUCGGAGGUGCACAUUUGGGACACAGCCAUUCGGGACACAGCCAUUCCAGUUUUUUUCAAACUUUACAUUUUUACACUGUGCCCAUGUCCCAUUAUAGAGUAUUUUACCAGGCUAUAUAAUCCAAAUACCCCAUAAAGCCAUACCAUUUCUUAAAGAAGACUUCCCAAGGUAUUUCAAAAGGCAUAUUUUGAACCUUAGCGUGGGAUCAUUUUUCCGCUAGCUUGUACCAAGUGUAGUGGUAGUAAGUGGUUUUUCUGCCUUUUUGACACACAAAGUGAGUUUGCACAGUAUAUUUUGCAAACCUUAUGUGUGCUACGACUGUAUAAUACUUCAUAUGUUGCUCAGCUAUGUCGUCUGAGUACAGCAAUACCACCGUAUGUACCUUUGACAGGUAUAUGUGGAUGUUGAAGGGGCGCAUUUGAGACGCAGCCAUUCAGUUUUUUUCUAACUUUGAAGUUUUACGCUGUGUCCAUGUUCCAAUUUGGAGUAGUUUAGAUGGUUGGUUAUUGAAACUUCCCCACAAACACAUACUAUUUAUUAAAGAAUACACCCUGGGGUAAUUCAAAAGGCAUAUUUUCCUCUAGUUUGUUACAGGUGUAGAGGUAAUGAGCGUUUUUCAAUGUAUUUUUAUACUUUUUGAAACUUUUUUUUACUUUUUAAAACUAGUUUUUAAACUUGUUUUGCUUAUUAAUUUUUUUAAACUUUCCUAAACUUUUUUUUUUUUUACAGAUUUAACAUUUUUCUAAGCUUUUUUCUUUUUACCGUUAACCCCUAACUAGCAGUAAGCAGCACUAACCGUAAAUUCCCCUUUUUCCAUAACUCCCACCCACCCCAGCUAGCAAAAUAUAUAAUUAUAAAAUAUUUAAAUUAAUUAAAUAAAUUGAACCCCUGAGGGUUAAAAAAUAAAAGUUAAUCCUCAGGGGUUAAAAAAAAUUAGAUCACAGUAUAAUACUCUGAUCUGUAUUUUGAUCACUGUAGGCAGUGAUCGACUGGCAGGGAAGGGGUUCAUUUUUAUUUGGACUGGGUAGAGGGGGGGUGUGUUUUUUUUUUUUUACUUAAACGUUAUUACAACUUUUUUUUAGCUUGAUUUCUAACUUUUUUAUUUUAAAACUUUUUUAAUGUUAACCCCUAGUUAGCCUAACACCAAAUCCCCCAAUUCCCCACUAACUUCCACCCAUCCCAGCUAGCUAAAAAUAUAAUUUUAAAAUAUUUAAAUUAAUUAAAUUUAACCCCAGAGGGUUAAAAACUAAAUUAACCCUCAGGGGUUAAAAAUAAAUAAAUCAGAAGACAGUAAAAUGUAAUCCCUGCCAACUGAUCACUGUAGUCAGUGAUCAAUUGGCAGGGAAGGGGUUAAUUUUUAAUUAAAAGGGGCGUGGGAUUUUAAAUAAACUUUAUUUUUUUUAACAGGGGCAGGAUCAUCACUGAUCUGUCUCCCUGCACGUCACACAGAACCAGGAAGUGCAGGGAGGCGGAAGGUAAGUAUACUAAGCACAUGUGCUCGCUCUGACAUGCUGUCAGAGCGAGCACAUGUGCUGGGCAGCACUAUCGGGUGCUCCCGGUCUGCCUCUAAUACAGAGGCAGACUGGAGUACCAUUAACCUCGCGAUUGCCGCGAUAGCGGCGAUCCGGGUUUAAUUUUAACAUGUGACGGACAAGGUCCGUCACUCGUUGUUAAGGGGUUAAUAGGGAUACUAUAGGCAUGAAAACAACUUUAGCAUAAUGAAGAAGUUUUAGUUCAGAUUGAAAUUUGGUCUCCCUGGCAAUCCACUCUCUCUAUCUAGGUAGUUUGGUUAACAGGGACUGGAUGGUAAUGGGUUAACAGUUGGUAGUGAGUCUGGCUGACGGGCUGGAGGAAGAAUGUAUUCCUUGCAUUACAGGGAGUGAGGGAAAGUAGCACAUUUUGGCUCUAGCCUUGUCUCUAGUGCAGUCUGUGCUGUGAGCAUUUCUUACACUACAAAAGACAUGCCUUUAUUUUCAUUGGCUGAAAAAGGUACAUUUCUUUCUUUCAGAGUCUGGGAAUCGGGAACAUGUUGAAAUUUGAGAGGGGGUGGCUAAGGAGGCUGGGUUACACUGCUGAAAACAGCAUAACAUUUUACAGCACUGCAGAAAAACUACACAGAAUUGAAAGAAAAGAAACUAACCACAGGUGUUUUGAGAUUAAAAGCUCUAAUUUAAGUUUAAAUUGUUUAGCUGACUGGAGUGUCCUUUUAAGAUGUAAACUGUAUAGUAUUUAAUAAUUAAAAUAAAUUACAAAUAUCUACACAAUUAAAAUGUAAUAAUUGGGAUUUUUUCCCCUCACUUCACAGAGCUAGUAUGUUCUGUAAUGGAAGAACACAAAAUUCCCAAAAUUCAGACUAAACUCUCUCCGUUACAAGACACAAGAAAUUUUUUUAAGAAUGCUAAAUUCAGGUAAGUGUACUGGUUUAAAAUGUAAUUUUUGCAUGCAUUUUAAAGCCAAUACAUUGGGAGCACAUAAUCCUUGAGUCAAUGUACAGUAGCCAUCUUUUUUUUAAACAAUAGUUUGGCGUCCAAAACAUGAAACCAUAAGGUUUGUGAGUAUGUUGGUUAACAAUCAGAUUUGUAUAAGGCAUUUCUAUUUACGCUGGUGACUUAAAGUUUCUAACUUGUAUUUAGAAGUCUCAAUUUUAUUUUAAGCAUACUGAUAUAGGUUGUCUUUGCUGAGAACAAAGACAUGCUGGCUUUUGUAUAUGGCAUAAAAUAAAGAUGGUGAUAUAAGAAAAUACUACUCAAGGAAGAAUAAAUAGUUGACAGGUGUGUCAUGUAGAGUAAUGUGCAGAUUUAUUUCAAAUGUAUUGUACAUAACUAGAAAUUGAAAUAAGGACAAAUAAAUGUUUGCAGAAAAUGCUAUAAAUUAUAAUAGGCUUGUUUAAUUUUAAAAUGUUUUACAAUUAUAUAUUAAUGUAGUGACAACCGCUAAAAGUGCUUCCUAGUUCAGCAUCUCCACGCUCUGCAUGGAGGCUCUGAAUGUUUCCCAUAGAGAUACAUUGAUUUAAUGCAUCUCUAUGAGGAGAUGCAGAUUAGUGCAGCAAGGUGUUUUGCCACGCAUGUGUGUUAGCCUCCUAAUGCUUUCCUAUGGAGGUAUGGGGAAAAAGUGAGUAAAAAUACCUUUCCAAUGCAUUUGGAGGGGGUCUGGUCACCUAAAUAGUUUUAACACUGUCAUGUCAGGAAUAUGUUUGUAUUCCUGUCACUAUAGUGUUCCUUUAAAUUUACACAAAAAGACAGACAUGCACACUCUCAUAAACUGUUUUACUUUAAAUGUCCACCCAGUCUCCUUAACUCGAGAAGUGGAAUGAAUUCUAUCCCUGGGGUCCAGUGUGACUGCUGUCAUCUUCAUGCUCUUCUUACUUUGCUCUUUCACGUGCUGUUUAAUGAUGCUGGGACCGGAGUAAUGUCAUAUCCCAGCAUCAGAGCAGGGAGCGUGAGGCAGCAGAGAAGAGCAGGAAGAUGACCGCUUCAUUACCAAAACCUUUGUUUCACAGUGUCUGCCUUGCUUACAGGAACACUAUAGUCACCUAAAUUACUUUAGCGAAGUAAAGCAGUUUUAGUGUAUAGAUCAUUCCCCUGCAAUUUCACUGCUCAAUUCACUGUCAUUUAGGAGUUAAAUCACUUUGUUUCUGUUUAUGCAGCCCUAGCCACAUCUCCCCUGGCUAUGAUUGACAGAGCCUGCAUGAAAAAAAAACUGGUUUCACUUACAAUUAUUUAAGGUAAAUUUGAAUCUCAAUCUCUAAAUUGAACUUUAAUCACAUACAGGAGGCUCUUGCAGGGUCUAGCAAGCUAUUAACAUAGCACCGGAUAAGAAAAUCUUAAUUAAACAGAACUUGCAAUAAAGAAAGCCUAAAUAGGGCUCUCUUUACAGGAAGUGUUUAUGGAAGGCUGUGCAUGACACAUGCUGGGAGGUGUGACUAGGGUUCAUAAACAAAGGGAUUUAACUCCUAAAUGGCAGAGGAUUGAGCAGUGAGGCUGCAGGGGCAUGUUCUGUACACCAAAACUGCUUCAUUAAGCUAAAGUUGUUAAGGUGACUAUAGUGUCCCUUUAAAAAAAAAUAAAAAAAUUCACACACUGGUAGUGCUGUAAAUCUGCUGUGGGCACAACCAACCACAUCUUGGUGUUUUAAUGUAGUUGAUGAACACUAUUGGCCAGGCCAAACCAUUAGUUGAACAAAUUAGUAGUUUAUAAUCAGUGUCCGGUCUCCAACCAAUUUUGGUUCGUCCUCAAUAUUUGGAAUACACACGAUAUCGACAUUUGAUUUCUGUUUAACUGGAUCCUCUGAGCACCAAAACAACUUUAGCUUAACCCCUUAAGGACCAAACUUCUGGAAUAAAAGGGAAUCAUGGCAUGUCACACGUCAUGUGUCCUUAAGGGGUUAAAGGCCCACUCCAAACCUAUAAGCACUUGAGCUGGCUCAGUGGGCUAAUGCCGUACAUUACAACCCCAGGAUGUACUUGAAACCAGAAUAAUCUGAAUGUGCCUUUCCUGGUUAAAUACUUUGUUAUUGUUAUUAUUUAAAAGGCAGUUUAUAAACGUGCCAAUUUCGAUGAAAUUUGAGAUUUGCUUCAGCCUUCUGUUAUCUUCUAAUGAAAGUGGCGUGUGCACCUGCUUCUCGCCCAUACUUGCGCACAUCAGACCACAGGGGGGUGGAAAUAAAAAAAGGUAAAGUGGUACCCCUGACACAAACGUUUUUGAGACCCUACUAAGAGACAGGGUUAUUCACUAAACUCUUAAUUUUCCCAGCUUAAAUCUGAAAAGAAAAAAAACUGAGGCCAAAAUAGCUGAUCUGGAAAAAAUAAUUCAACUCCGCUAUAGUCGCAACUAGCUGUUUUUUUCCAUUCGGAUUUAAUUUGCAAAAAUGUGGUUUAGUUUAGUGUCUCGUCCUCUGUCCUCCACCAUAGUGGCUGUGAGCUGACUGUACAUACAUUUGCAUUGUAGAACUAUUGUAAACUAGCCUUUUCUACACGAAUUUGAAGUAGUAAUAAUUGCUUUGCUCGACAGCCUCUCUAUUUUUUAAUUCCAAAUUCUGUGUGGGACAGAAAUUUCUAAGUAAGUGUGCUCUCGAUUUAUUGGAUUGAAAGUAAUUGUGGGGGUGGGGCCUGACUGCCGAACCGAGUGGAAGCCGAAUCGAGAUGCUCCUGCACCACGGGGCAUAUUACCCGUCUUAUCAGCCUUCCACAACCUCCAAGCUACCCAAAAAGGCACUUAACGUUGUGGUGACAGCGGGGGCUACCGGUGGAUACCGAAAAAUGCAACGCAACUCGAGCAAAAGCCAGAGGCCUUCCGGCAUGGUCGGUGCGGGGGAGAUGGCCACUCCCCUACCGCCUACAACAACUAAAAGCUGGACUCUGUGCCCUCGACGACCCCUCAUGGAUCGUGGGGGGGGAGAGGGUUACCCUGGUACCAGGAAGGCCCCUCCAUGGGCUGUAGCAACAGCCUCAAACAAGUAAUGCUGUAACCAAGAUGGCGGAGAGCGCCACAGGGCAUCUCAGCCCACCACUGGAGCCUGACAUUUUGGCACUGCUAAACGCGGCAUUCAAGACCUUCCGGAGAAAGCUGGAAGAGCUGCAGAGGGCCACACACGCUCCGGUGAAGAGGGCCCCUCUCGCUCCCGCUAUAGAGGCUCGCCUGGCAAAGCCACACGCUCCAGAAAAUGGCGCCGUAGAAGACGCAGCAUCCUGCCAACCGGGAAACCCACACAGGUGACUACCGCCCCAUGCAAGAAGCAAACCGCCUCGCCCAGGCACCCCAACACAGCACAGCUCAACACAAGCGCCUUAAAGGGCCUGCACUCCGAACCACGCUGGGCCCGGUCAAGGACGACAAACAUCCCUGCUAGCCUCACGGCAUGCCUCCAUUUCCGAGAGCAGACGAACCUGUCUUUGGGACACGAAGGACGGGGAUCUGGGACAGGUGAGUCCCUUUGUGGGCUGCAGAGUGGGAGAGAGAUUCGAGAUGGCCUAGGAUGAAGGGGACUCUCGGGAACACGAGGCAUUUGACUUGCAGUCUCCUGAACAGCCACAUUCACAGAAGGCAACAUGGCCAAACUGCUCUUACAAGACUCAAGCUAUUCUAAGUUUAUUUUGUAUUGGGUCUCUCUCUACGGUUUUUGCUCUCUGCUUUUUCCAAAACGUAAAACCCUGUUGAUAUAUAUGCAUUCUUAUCUUCCAACCCUCAGGGUGCCCGUGGCCACAGCAAAGGGGGAGGGGAGGAGGGAACUCCUGUACAGUGAAAUCUAAUAAUGUUAGUAAUGUGAACUCUUGUUCUUUAAUGAUAUGCACAGCCACGUAAUGUCUUAGUUAAGUUUGAUUGACAUAACCUUAGACAGUAGCAUGUCAUGAAUUUCUUACGUGCGUUGGCAUCUCUUAUUAAGACCACUCAUAUAGUCAGUUUGCAUAAACUGUUUUGAAAACACUUCUGAUCUCUCACCACUGACACACCUAUAAUGCUUGUUUCAUUAUUCUGUACCUAAUCUGAAUCUACUAACAAAAAUGUAUGCCGUUACCUAAUGCCGAAGUAUAGGUAUGAACCGCACUCAAUCACUAAGCAGCCACCCGGUGCUCCGGAGCAGGGCCAGCAAUCCCACAACAGAAAAGCAAAUAGAAGAAAUAUCUCCUGGCACUCAGGAUGCUUGACAAAGACCACCUGUUAGGUCGAAAUGUUGCUGUCCUUUCUGUUUCAAUAAAACUGCCUGCGGCUUUAACAUCCUGAGUGCCUGGAGAUAUUUCUUCUAUUUGCGUUACUUAAUGCCAUGACACUGUUUACUCUGUAUUUUUUCACUAGCUUGUACCUGCUGUUGUGGCAACUCAAGCCUGUUUGUAACUCUCAGCACUACAAAAUUAAAGACUGACAUUAAAAAAAGAAAGUAAUGCAUUGUGAACAAAUAAUUUUUUUUUUUUAAGAGUCAACAAAAAUAUUACUGUUGCAAAGCGAACACAAAAUAAGAAGAAAACAGAAAUUGGACAAAAAAGAGAACUACUUCCAAGCACCUUUACAAAACAGAUAUUUAGCAAUUAUGCCCAGUUUCGGAUAUCAAAGGAAUGCUACAAAGAGGUAGACAGAUGGUAAGUAACAACAAAUUUACCAAUCAUUCAGGUAUACAAGGAGAGUAUUGCAAGGGGUAUCGCUGUAAUCUAGAAAAGUGUCAUCCUCAGAGUUAUUCUUAUUCUCAGUCAAUGAAAAACAAGGAAUUGCUUAAAAGAAAAGAAAAAAGAAAUCUUGUGGGUGGGGGAGCGUGGAAUAAAGUUUUUAAUAAGAAGACAAUUGGUUUAACCACUUAAGGACCAAACUUCUGGAAUAAAAGGGAAUCAUAACAUGUCACACAUGUCGUGUCCUUAAGGGUUUAAACAUUCCAUACAUUAUGCAUUUCAAAGACAAUGAAAAUAUUUUAACAGGGCAUUUUAAUGUACUCUCAAUGCACCAUAUACUUAUUGUAGAAGUUAUGCUGCUAUGAAUAUUACCCUGAAAAUAUAUCUUUAACUGCCUCAUGUUUUCUAAAUAUUUACCAAUUUAUAGUGUCCAGAAUCCAGCCCCUUGUCCACAAGGCUUUCUUUUCCUGGCACUAUAGUUCCCUUUAAGCUGAAAUAAAGAAAAUGCAAGGAUUCAUAUUGUAUGUUUGUGUGGACUGCUUACUAGCAAAUUAACUGCACUGUUGUCCCACUUAGUGUUCUAUGUAUAAUCUGCACUCUUAUGGGUUAUUUUGGAGUAGGCAGAUGCUCUUUUCUUCUUCCAUUGGGUCUAUACAAUGGGACUUUUUACAGUACAUGGUUAAAAGACUGCUAAAGGCAUACAGACCACUUCACUUCAAUAUACAAUAUUGCAGUUUUGUAGAAACUGCAUUUCAGGGUUAAACCCUCAUCUAGUGGUGGUCUUCCUGACCGCAACUAGAGGCACUUCCCUUUGUGUCAGACUUGGUUUCCAAUCAAAUGCCACUAAUAGAGCAGCAUUUCAUUGGUGCAGGGCAUGCUGUGCGUGCACAAUAACCUCCCAUUCCCUAUGGGGAAGCAUUGGACUUGCUUAAACGGUCAAUCUUGACAGAUAAGCAGAGAAGCCACAGCAAGGACUUAAAGGUAAGUCAUUUAACUCAUGUAAGGUAAAUAAUUUAAGUCCUGUUCAUUAAUCCCAUUAACUUGCAAAAUUAUGUAUUUUAUUUCCACUUGGACACGCCUUGCAUUUUGCCCAGCAGCUUCAUCCAAGGCUGAAAGAGUGUGAGCACUCUGAAUUCACUUAGAGACAAUCACUAAUGGUUUGGCUUUUAGCUGUCCAUUGUUUCUGUAUGGUCCAAUCAUGGCAAUAUAAGUGCAUUGGCAUCCUACCCUAGUGACCAAAUCAUGGCUCAUUUGACUUCAAAUACAUAGUUACAUAGUUGAAAAGAGACUUGCGUCCAUCAAGUUCAGCCUACCUCACAUUUGUUUUUUGCUGUUGAUCCAAAUACGAACGCAUACAUGUGUCUAGGUGUGCCUGAUUAUGGUUAAACUCUGUAUUAAGGAGUGUUACCAUUUGUAAUGCUUAAAGAUACAAUUUACAGACCAAUGCUCCUGGAAAAAGUCAUAUUUCCUGCAAGAAUAUUUAAUAUUUAUUUUGAUCUAACACUGGCAUUCCCUGUCUGAGGUAGAAUGGGGUCAUUGAGCCAGACAUCUUCUGCUUUCAUGAUAGCAUGUAUAUUUAUGUAAAAAUUUUUUUUUGAUAUCUGAUGUUUUACUUACAAACAUGCAGUAAUCUCCUACCUUCUGUCUUAUACCUCCCCUCAUGAUAGUGCUUACAUCAUGAUUUGAUAUGCUGCUAUGGAAAAUUUAUUUUAAAAUUACAUUUUUAAUUUAAUUUGUCUUUUUAUUCAAUCUUUGUAGCUUGGAAAUUUACUUUGGACAGCUAAGCAGUGACCUAGCAGCUUAUACCGCUCAUGCUAACCGAAAGACCAUAACCCGCGCUGAUAUUGAGCUCUUAAUGAAAAGGUGAAAUGUCUUAUUGGUUUCCAUCAAAUGAAUUAUUGGUAACUUACAGUGCUGUUAAUAUUAAGAUUAGUAUUUAUAUACACAAACAACACACACGUUUCCACUUUUGCUAGUGAGUGUCCAAAAUUGAAAUUGUUUACCUUAUCGCCAAAUGCGACAUGAGCCUCAUCACCUUAACGGUAUUAUUCCCAGGGUGAAGCGGGGUGGUGGUUGCAUCAUUUUGUUAUGGACUGGGAAACUGCUUAGUAUUGAUGACAAGAUGAAUGUAACCAUAUAUAAGCAAUUUCUAGAGGAAGACCAGUGUCUGUUUGUAAGACAACUGUAAGACACUCCUGUAGCAAAAACUACAUUGGAGUGGAGUAAAAUCAAGAACCUACAUAUCUUAGAAUAACUCUGCCUAGGCAUAAAGCUUAAUCCACUCGAGAAUCUAUGGGAAGAAUUGGAAAUUGCUGUUCAGAUUCCAUUCAACCAGACAAAACUUACAAAGGUGCUAAGACCCUCACAUUUAUAAUUGUUUUCAAAGGUGAUUCUGAUUUGAUGCAUAAAAGAAAUGUUAAAUGUGUUUUUUUUUUUUGUUUUUUUUUUUAUUAACUUUUUCUGACACACACACAAUUAUUACAUGAUUUCCAGCUUAGUAGGCCACCAUGCUGAGGUUAAGGACAAACCAAUCCAGUAAAAUGAUAUUGAGUGCAUCAUGGGAGCUGUGGAAGGCUCAGGAAGCCAUGUAAGAUGCAACAGGUAGUUUGCCAGCAAGUGUGAAAGAGGUCUGGUAGAUUAAUACAAGUGACUUAGAAUGGUUUCAACUAGAGGGGGAAGUACGAGGAAGAGAAAACUGAGCAAUAGUCAAGGAGAUACUGUGGGGAGUGGCAGGUGUAGUUUGCAACUGCUAGGGUGAGUGGAACUGAAAGUGCUUGUGAGGAAAUACGUAAAUUAAAGUGAGAGAGACUGGAGAGUGGGGUGAAUGAGUAAAAUUGAGAGCGAUGGAGAUAGGAAGGGACAAAAAAGCUUUUGAGUAGUAUUACAAUACAUUGAUGGUUAUGAAGAUGUAGUGAGGAUGUAGGAACAAGCACAAAUUGGGUGCUAAGCACAAAUUGAAAUUGUGUAGUUUAUAAGCAUUGUAGAACGUCUAACUUUAGGAAAGAUCACUAAGAAGACACAUUUUCCUCAUCUAAAUCCUCUUCUAUCCUCUCCCUUUCACAUUGCAAUCUUAUAUUCCAAUCAAUCUGUUACUAAAGAUUCUUUGAAACCCCUAAAGUACACGUAUUUAAGAGGGCAAAGAUUUAGAAAAAUGUACAUAAAUUUAAAAAAAAAAACAAAAAAAAAAAACUAUGUUAGCCACACUAGGUACUGUAACCACUUCAUUUCAAUGCAGUGGUUAUAGUGCCUUGAGUCCCCAGCUGCCAUUCCACCAUUUUUGCAUGGGUUAACACUAAAUGAAGAUCCUUGGCAGCCAUAGUAUUCUGUGCUGCUUGGGAUUGUGAGGAAGCAUUAGUCCAAGCAGCGAUGGACAAUGAUUUGCUGAAAUGGGGUGCUGAACACUCAGUUCAUACCAGCUAUGGCUGGCUGUGAAAACCUGACAUGGCUAUGGAAGAGUAUAACCUCUGCCUUACACAUACCUCUAGUGAGGAUCUGGCUGUGGCCAAUCUUUCAAAAAAUGUUGAACAAUAAAUGCAUUGAUGCCGUCAGAAUUACGUCUGUGUUGUUUUCCCCACCUGGCCAACUCCUCUCACAGGCUGACCAAGUGCACCAUGUACUAAAUCAUUAUUCUGCUCCCAGUAGUAACAGGAGAAUCCAGACUGGGCCCAUACUGGCAAUGUAGUGGUCUUAAAGCAUUUAAAUUAAUAAUUUAUUUUAAAUCCAUGUUUCCAUAAUGGAACUGCUUGAUUGUUGAGUCGGUUACAAUCCGACAUUCAAUUAUUAAUGAUAUGUUAACAUCUGUACAGACUAGUUUACUAUAUCAACGCAAUCAUAAUAUUCUUAAAAUCUGAGUUUUGCUGUCAUUGUUUUUGUAAUAUGGCUGCAAAAAAAAUGGCAAAAUCUGACUUCAUUCUUUCUUUUCUCUUUUAUAGGCAUGGCCUGGUAACUGAUACAAUUCCUCUCACUGUCCUUAUUGAGAAAUACUUACCACUGGAAUAUAGAAAACUUCUUAUCCCUUGUGCUAUGAGUGGGAACAAAGUGUUUCCUAAACUGUAAAACCCGUUACAGAUUUUGUUUUUGUUUAUAGUUAACAGUAUUUUAUUGAUGAUCACAAAUUGCAUUGUCUAUAGAUGUAAGAGUAAAGUACUGAAAUGCUCUUUAGUGUUUGUUAAAGGUUUAAAAGAAGGAAACAAAAGCCAGUUUGUAAUAGGUGGAUUGGGUUUUGUAUAUGUAGACAUCUCACAUUUUUAAUGCAUUGCAUGUAUAUUUAUAAUGUGUAUAUAUAAUAUAUAAAUAACUCAAAAUAUGGAAACGAAUUGGAUUUGCAUGCGGUUUUCACUCAUUGAAUCUUGUUUCUUCCAGAAUCUGAUUUUCUUAUUUAAAUAAUUUUAGCUGUGCUAUGUGUGUAUAUUUGACUAUCCCUCUGUAAAGUUUAACUCUAAUUAAGAGAAUAAAGAUACUGGCUCACAGAGCUAGUCCAAACCUUAGGUUAACCACUAUAAAAAUCGCAUAUGUUACAACUUUCAGAAUUUAUUAAAGCACAUUCUACAAUUGCUGUUUCUACAUCAGAGGCAGCCACUGCAACUUGGCUUUCUCUUCACACAUUAGCUAAACAUUAUAGACUGGAUGUUCUAGCCUCUGAAUACAGAAUGCAAGAUCCUGGUGAGACAGUGAUGUCUUCCCCAUCACUGUAGCUUGUUGUGUAAAUGAUGUAUGGGGAAAACACAUUUUACUCAAAUAGUGCAAACAGUAGAACUACCCGCCCCUUUAUUAAAAGUAUUUCUUUUAAAGUCUACUUUGUAUGGCAUUUUACAUUCUGGGCUGGCUCUCUUAUAUACUAGGGGAAGAUAGUCUGGACCUCUCUGUAUUUUUAUGUCUCCUUGCCCUGUUAAUGAGAUGGGAGAAAACUCAGUUGUACUGCCACUUAAACCAUGUUAAAGAGAAUUUUUGGUGAGUAAAAUGUUUUGCCCUAUUCAUUUCUGCUUAUGUUUCAGACAUUGUACACAUUAAAUUUUUUAACACCGUUUCUCUGCUCUGAAACUUAUAUUGCUUAGGCAAUAUCACUCUUUAAUAUCUGCUCAUCAAAGGUGCGAUCAAUUGCAAUGAAGUUUCUUUCGUAUUCAUUUCUUUAAUGAGCCUAAUGAAAAAAACAAGACAUGUGAAUAAACAUUACUGCACAAAAUUAUUUUCAAUAGGAACUGUUCAAACUUUUUUUUUGCAGAUCUUGAUAAUGAAACUUCUAUUUCCAAUUUGAAAUACACAGUGUACAAGUCAUCAAUGAGAACAGUAUAUCCCAAAACUCAACUUUACAUUUAACUGUACAUUUAAUUAAACAAGGCAAUAAAUGAAGUAAUAUAACAAAGCAAUCAUCAAAUGCAAUAAGGGCAGAACAAAUAUCCCAAAUUAGCUAUUGUC